CGGGUACCAGUUCGUCCGCGGUCUCCCGGCUGGACGACGAAGAGGUCGUCCUUUCGACCAUAUCGCACCCACCCAUCGUGGUCCCUUUUUUAUGAUUUCCUUUACCGCGCAGUGAAACACAAACUCAGCCAAGAUUGGAUCCUGGAUACGCGGAAGGAUUGAGGCGGAAGGAGGCUGCUGCUGUCAGCCAUGGGGACGGCAAAGAUGAAACAUCUUUGGCCGUUGCUGGCGUGGAUAUUUCUAGUUUCGUAUCCUGUGGCCGAAUCACGUAACGGGCUCGGCCAUGGAUUGAGGCGAGAAGUAUUCUUCCUGAACCUCGAGGACGGCUAUUUUGGCUGCCAAGUGAACGAAUCGACGGAUGUUUUGCAGCUGCUCGAGCUCUCAAAGCUCUGCGAUCGUCGCAGCGAUUGUUACCAGGGCGCGGAUGAGCAGCGCAACAAGUUAAAGUGCACAGACGACUGUACAAAAGAAGACGGCACCAAAUGUCAAAACGGUGUGUGUCUGAAUUCGGUCUGUCACUGUAAUGAUGGAUUUGGAGGAUGUAAUUGUCAAGUUCCAGACGAGAAUGAAUGUAAAUAUCGGCCCUGUGAUAUAUUUGCCCACUGUACAAAUACUCUUGGCAGUUUUCAAUGUUCCUGCUUUCCCGGAUACCGAGGCGAUGGCUUUCAUUGCGAGGACAUAAACGAAUGCGAAGAUCCGGCGCUCGCAGGGCGUUGCGUCGAAAAUGCCGAAUGCUGCAAUCUUCCUUCAAAUUUUCUCUGUAAAUGCAAACCCGGUUACAUCGGCGACGGUGAGGUGCAUUGCGAAGAUGUGAACGAGUGCGAGAUACCAGGUGCAUGCGGUGAUAAUACACUUUGUCACAAUAUACCUGGCAAUUAUACUUGCACGUGUCAAAAUGGAUUCACGGGAGACCCGUACGACAGUUGUUUUGAUAUCAACGAAUGCGAAUACGAGGGUGCCUGUGGAAAGGGUGCACUAUGCAUAAACUUACCAGGCGCACAUAAAUGCGAAUGUCCUCAAGGAUUAGAUGGUAGUCCCGAUGAAGAAUGCAGGGACGUCGACGAAUGUCUAAGAAGUCCUUGUGGACGUUCCGCUCUGUGCACGAACGUACACGGUAGCUUCCGAUGUUCAUGUCCUGAGGGAAUGGAUGGUGAUCCAUGGUCAGGUUGUCACGAUAUAAACGAGUGCGAGGAAGGUUCACCCUGCGGAGCGAACUCGGAAUGCGUAAACACCAACGGUAGCUUCGAGUGCAGAUGCCAUGCCGGUUAUCAAAUGGAUCCCGCGCACGGGUGCGUCGACGUGAACGAGUGCGUUGGCGCGAACGCUUGCGUCACCAACGCGAGAUGCAUCAACGUCCCGGGGUCGUACAAGUGCAUUUGCCCCCCGGGUUUCGUCGGCCAAGGACUAACUCUAUGCGAAAACGUGAAUGAAUGCAAGCGCAAUCCAUGCGGCGAGAAUGCCGAAUGCACCGACACGAUUGGCAGCUUUGUCUGCACCUGCAAGUUGGAUUACACGGGCGACCCUUACAAGGAAUGCAGCGACAUCGAUGAAUGCACAGCUCUGAAGAAUCCUUGUGGAAAGAAUGCGAUUUGCAAGAACGAGAUUCCUGGUUAUAAUUGCAUCUGCCCAACAGGGUAUAGUGCCAACCCCAGUUCGGCAGUCGCAUGCGAGCAGACUGACGUGACGACUCUCUGUAAAUCGAACUUCGAUUGUGUUAACAAUGCCGAGUGCAUCGAAGGACAGUGCUUCUGCAAGGAUGGCUUCAAAGCCGCUGGUGCUGAAUGCGCAGAUCUGAACGAGUGUCUGUCUAAUCCCUGUGGACCUGCAUCGAUCUGUACGAAUACUAGAGGAAGCUAUCAUUGCGAAUGCGAAUCAGGAUUUGUUGGUACUCCGCCCCACAUUGCAUGUAAAGCACCGUGCGAUGAGGUAACUUGUGGAGAACAUGCCUUCUGUAAAGCUGACGGUCACGAGGCUUACUGUAUUUGCGAAGACGGUUGGACCUUUAAUCCAAACGAUAUAGCAGCUGGAUGUGUCGACAUAAACGAAUGCGAUGCUGUAAAUGGACCUUCUGGAAGAUGCAGCAAAAAUGCUAUUUGCACGAAUAUACCCGGUGGUUUUAGUUGUCAAUGUAAACCUGGAUUUUCAGGAAAUGCCUUCAAACAAUGUAUAGAUAUCGAUGAGUGUACUAAACCCGUUUGUGGUCAUGGAGCAACGUGUACUAACACUGAAGGUUCUUACACUUGCACUUGUCCGGAAGAAACGAUACCGGAUCCAGAUCCUUAUAUUAAGUGCGUCGGUAUAGUCAGGUGCGAGGUCGACGACGAUUGUCCAGGAAACGCUAUUUGUGAUCAGCAAAAGAGAUGUCUAUGUCCCGAGCCCAAUGUCGGAAACGAUUGUAGACAUCCAUGUGAAGAUCUAUCUUGCGGACCGAACGCUCAUUGCAUGCUUCUGAACGACGUGGCGACGUGCCUUUGUAGCAACGGUUACACCGGAAAGCCCGGUGUAAAGGGAGGUUGCCGAGAUAUCGACGAGUGCGCGAUAAAUCCCUGUCCUCCAGGCGCUAUCUGCAACAACGAGCCCGGUUCCUUCUCGUGUCAAUGUCCCAGUGGAAUGGCGGGCGAUCCUUACAGCGGCGGCUGCCAGGAGACCAAAACACCUCACGUAUGCAGCUCCAGUGCACCCUGCCCCGCUGGAGAACAGUGCAUUAAGGACGAAUUCGUAGGCAGUAGUGUGUGCAUCUGUCAACGCGGUUACAUGCGCGAUCACGAGACCGGUAAAUGCAGAGAUAUCAACGAGUGUAUGGAGCUGAGAGAGAAGCCCGCUUGUGGCGUUAACGCGAUUUGCAAAAAUCUUCCUGGUAGCUACGAGUGUCAAUGUCCACCUGGCUUCAAUGGAAAUCCCUUCUCGCUUUGCGAAGAAUGCAACAGCAUCGAAUGUCAGUGUCAACCACCGUAUAAGAUUGUCAAUGGUAAAUGCAUGCUGGCUGGAUGCUCGAAGGGCGAAAAGUGUCCAAGCGGUGCCGAAUGCAUAACGAUUGCAGGCGGUGUCAGCUAUUGCGCCUGUCCUAAAGGUUACACGACUAAGUCCGAUGGAUCCUGCGAAGAUAUAAACGAGUGUAUCGUGGGACAUCAAGUCUGCGGCUACGGUGCCGAGUGCAUUAAUCUACCAGGUGCUCAUCAAUGCGUGUGUCCGCAUGGAUAUGGUGGCGAUCCUUACAACGGCCUUUGCUCUCCAGCCCAGAAGAGGUGCACCAACGACAACGAAUGCAAAGCUAACGAGAAGUGCGUGCAACCUGGCGAGUGCGUGUGUCCACCGCCGUUCUACACAGAUCCCUUCCAUGGAAAUCUAUGCAAGAAUCCUUGCGACCGUUUCCCUUGUGGCAUUAAUGCAAAAUGCACACCGAGUGAUCCGCCACGAUGCAUGUGCGAAGCUGGUUUCGAAGGUGACCCGCAGCACGGAUGUGUUGACGUGAACGAGUGCGCGAAUAAUCCUUGCGGUCAUGGAGCGUAUUGCAUCAACACGAAGGGAGAUCACGUGUGCGAAUGUCCCAAAGGCAUGAUCGGUGAUCCUUACGGUGCUGGCUGUACGGGAGUUCCGACCGGCAAAAGCGAGUGUUCCUCGAACGACGAUUGUGAAAAUUAUCUGACAUGCGUCCAAGGAAGCUGCGUUAAUCCUUGCGACAAUAUACCGUGCGGUCCAAACGCGUAUUGCGAGCCCGAUAAACAUGCAGCGUGGUGCAGAUGCGUGAUUGGUUUCACGGAGGGCAAGAACAACGAAUGUGUCUCACAAUGCGAUGGCUUUGUUUGCGGCACCGGAGCUCAAUGUAUCGUCAGUUACGAUGGACCGACUUGUAAAUGCAUCGAAGGUUUUAUGGGCAAUCCUUUCCCCGGUGGACAAUGCGUGCCGGAUGUUUGCUCACCUGAAAUCCCAUGCGCUGAACCAAGCGUAUGCAUCAGCGGACGUUGCAAGAGACGUUGCGAGGGGGUGGUUUGCGGUAUUGGAGCCGUGUGCGAUCCUUUGACGAAUAAAUGCGUAUGCAACCCCUACUUCGUCGGCAAUCCCGAUCUGCUUUGUAUGCCACCAAUUCAACCACCCCAAUGCGAUCCAAUCUGCGGAAAGAAUGCGCAUUGCGAGUACGGUCUUCAAGAUUCAAAAUGCGUCUGCAAUCCGGGUACCAGCGGAAAUCCUUAUCACGGUUGCGGUGUCCAAGAAAAAUCUGAUUGCUCUACCGCGGUAUGUGGAAAGGAUGCGCAUUGCAAUGCAGGUCUUAAUGCUAUCGAGUGUCUCUGCCCGCCUGGCUUCGCUGGCAAUCCAUUUAUUCAAUGCUUCGACAUCAAUGAGUGCAACGGAAAUGCAUGUGGCAGCAACGCGGUGUGCAUCAAUACCAUCGGAAGCUAUGAUUGUCGUUGCAAGAACGGCUUCUUCGGCAAUCCUUUCGUCGGAUGCAGGAAGGUCCAAGUAGGUCCAUGCGCCGAUCCUUCAACAUGCGUCUGCAGUGACUCUGUACCAUGCCCCUUCGAUUACACCUGCGUUGAUCAUAAGUGCAUAAACCAAUGCAGCGACAUAAAAUGCGGCCCCAGAUCCGUCUGUCAGAACGGAGCAUGUGUCUGUCCACCAGGCUACAGCGGUAAUCCCAACGAUCUGCACAAAGGCUGUCACUUGCAUGGUCACUGCUCGAAUGACCUUGAGUGUGAGCCCCAGGAGAUUUGCUUCCAGAUCGGUAAAGGCGUUCGCAAGUGCGUGGAUGCCUGCAGCAAGCUGCAAUGCGGACCUAAUGCACUCUGCAUCACGCAGAAUCACGUGUCAGCCUGCUUGUGCGUCGACGGUUAUCUGGGCAAUCCGAGUAAUCUGGUCGAGGGUUGUCAGCCAUCCAAAUCCGUGAUACCAGGAUGCACACACGACUCGGACUGUCAGCCAGGUUCCUUCUGCAUCCCCUUAGACGGCGAUGUGCACGACUGCGUGAAUCCCUGCAGCAAAGUGGUGUGCGGUGCCUAUCAGAAAUGCGAGCCUGACAUUGUACAGGGUCAUACCACCUGUAAGUGUCAAGACGGCUACGAGUGGAACCCGGUAUUGUCGUCUUGCGAGAAACCAUCGGUGCCCGAUUGCAUAAAAGACAACGAUUGUCGUUCGAGCGAGGCCUGCAAGCCGGACGCGCUCGGCGUCCUCAAGUGCAUGUCGCUUUGCGACGGUUUCACCUGCACCGCGAAUUCCCGCUGUGUGGCAGAGAAUCAUCACGGCAGUUGCCAGUGUCUCCCGGGUUAUACCGGUAAUCCGAACGAUCGCCGGGGUUGUCAGAGCCCGCGUCAGAACCGUUGUACCACUGACAGCGAGUGUCCGGAAGAUCAGACGUGUCGCGGCACUCCAGAUGGUCUGCUCACUUGUCAACUAGUCUGCGAUUUUGUCUCCUGCGGCCCGAACGCGCUCUGCGUCGUCAAUAAUCACGUGGCGAACUGCGAGUGUCCACUUGGAUCGUACGCCGGUGAUCCUAACGAUCCGACAUCCGGGUGUCGCGCGGUGCCCUGCGUCUACAACAUCGACUGCCCACCUGCACAGCUCUGCAACCGACUCACGCACACUUGCUACGACGCCUGCGACGAGAACGCUUGCGGGGUGAACGCCGUUUGCAUCGCGAACGAUCAUAAAGCAAUCUGCCAGUGUCCACCUGGACUGCGCCCGAACCCGGUGCCCGAUGUCGAGUGCGUCGCCGUCGAAACGUGUCGCUCAGAUUCCUGUCAUCCGACCGCGCUUUGCGUUGCUGGUCCGACGAAUGAACCGGUGUGUCGGUGUCCGCCAAAUCACGUAGGCGAUCCUUACGUGAACGGCUGCCAGCCAGAGGGAUACUGCUCCAGCCCCAAAGACUGCCCGGUGCAUUCCGUCUGUCACGAAAAUCGCUGCGUGAAUCCCUGUGAGAACGCAUGCGGUCCUAACGCGCUCUGCGAAAUCAUCAAUGGUCGACCAAGUUGUAAGUGCAUCCACAGAUUCGUUCCGUCCUCGAAGGGUCCAGAACACGGUUGCGUACGAGAUAUGAAUUACUGUACAGUGGAUUCCGAAUGUGAGAGCAGCGUGUGCCUUGACGGACAAUGUAGAGCUGUGUGUCGUUCGGUCGCCGAUUGCUCAGAUGGAGAGAAAUGUAUCAAUAACAAGUGCAUGGUAUCAUGCAUUUCGCAUUCUCAAUGUCAAGUGGAUCAGACGUGUGUUAGCGGAGGGUGCAUUCUCGGUUGUCGCAGCAAUAAAAAUUGUCCAACUACCGAGUCAUGUAUUAACAACAAGUGUCAAGAUCCUUGCGAAAGAAAGGACGUAUGUGGACCAAAUGCGAUCUGCAGUUGCUCGAAUCAUGCAGUUACAUGCACGUGUCCUCUCGGCUUCCACGGUAAUCCUACUCCGGAACAAGGUUGCGUUCGAGUGCCGAGCGUAUGUCAAACUCCGCAAGACUGUCCCAGUCAACAUCUGUGCGUCUCGGGAUUGUGUCAAUGUCAAUGCUCGGAACAGAACAACUGCGCGCAAGGUGAACGUUGCAAGAAUGGUAUUUGCGUAAAGAUAUGUUAUGGCGACAGUAACUGUUUGCCCGGCGAACUGUGUAUCGAUGGUACUUGCGAAGCCGGCUGCACGUCGGAUAUCGGAUGCAAACGCGACGAAGUGUGCAUCAACAACAAGUGCAGAUGCAGCCACGGAUUUAUCGCUGGCCCGGAACAUUGUCUGGAUAUAAAUGAGUGCGAAGAUCAGCCGUGUCAUCCGAGCGCCGAAUGCAUCAAUCUCCACGGAUCUUAUCGUUGCACUUGUCCUCAAGGCACCGCUGGUGAUCCUAUAGGGUCGGGCUGCACACUGCCGCAUCAAUGCAUCGCGCAUAGGGAUUGUCCGGACACGCAGGCCUGCGUUCACCACAACUGUUCGGAUCCGUGCUCCUUCGUCGACUGCGGAUCAAAUACUAUUUGCACUGUUCUGGAUCAUGUAGCUGGCUGUCAAUGUCAACCUGGUUAUAUCGGUGAUGCCUCGGGCUGCUUCAAAGUAGAAUGCCUUUCCAACAGCGAUUGCCCGACAGAUAAAUAUUGCAAUCAGGAGAUCAACAAAUGCAGCAGUCCUUGCAAUCAAGUAAAUUGCGGAUAUGGCAAUUGUCUGGCCAUCGACCAUGUUAGCGUAUGUAAAUGCUAUCCUGGCUUUGUUCUCAUCGGUGAUAUCUGCGCUGACGUUAACGAAUGCUUGCAAAAUCCUUGCCAUUCCUCAGCUAUAUGUCAAAACACGGAGGGAUCGUUUGCUUGUAUCUGUCCACAUGGUUUAGUAGGAGAUCCAUUUAAAACUGGCUGCAAGCAACCAGGCGAUUGCUUCACCGAUUCCGAUUGUCCAAAUUCAGCUACCUGCAUCGAUAAUAGAUGCACGAAUCCAUGCGAUGCACCAGGAAUUUGCGGAAGAAAUGCAGAGUGUCUUGCACGUGAUCACGUUCCAAUUUGUAGAUGUCCGGGACAGACGACAGGAAAUCCAGCAACUGAAUGUGUUCAUUUGGAAUGCAACUAUCACAGCGAUUGCGGUCCAUCUGAUGCAUGCUUCGAUCAUAAAUGCGUCGAUCCUUGUUCCCUCUCAAACGUUUGCGGACAUGGAGCUGAUUGUUCCGCGCUAAAUCAUAGCGCAGUGUGCACCUGUCAACCUGGUGGCACAGGUGAUCCGAAUCUUGGAUGUACUCCACUCCAGUAUUGCAAGACUGAUUCGCAGUGUGCAACUGGUUCAGUGUGCAAUGGAGGUAUAUGCACAGCACUUUGCGGAAGUACCAGAGAUUGCAUUGGUGAUCAACUCUGCAUCAAUGGCAUUUGUCAGCCUACUUGCAGAAGUAACUCCAGUUGCCCAGAAUAUCAAUACUGCCAUAAUAACAUAUGUGUUCAAGAAUUACGUUGCACGUCAGACAGUGACUGUGGAUAUGACGAAAAAUGCUUUAAAAACAGUAUCGGACAGGCGGAAUGCCGUGCAGCUUGUGAUUUGAUACUCUGCGGCCGUAAUGCCGCAUGUAAGGCCGAUAAUCAUAUCGCAACGUGUACCUGUAAUCACGGUUUCUUCGGAAAUUCUAAGGACGAUAAGAUCGGUUGUCAGCCUAUUGAGUGCGAAGUCAAUGAAGACUGUACUCAGGAGAAGAUCUGCGAUCUGCACAGAUGUAGAAUUGCCUGCCUUGCUCAUAAUCCUUGUGGCGUAAAUGCGAUUUGCACAACGGAGAAACAUGUCCAAGUUUGUACGUGUCAACCUGGAUACACAGGAGAACCUACACAUGCUUGCGAACUAAUAGAUUAUUGUGCCAAUACACCUUGUGCACCAGGUGCAUUGUGCGAAAAUUCACGAGGGCACUUCAAAUGUCAUUGUCAGCCCGGUACAGUCGGAGAUCCUUAUAAUAGUGGUUGUCAACCGCCAGUAGAAUGUCUUCAGGACACAGACUGCCCACUUACUGCCAAAUGCGUCAAUAUUAAUAAUGUACCGAAAUGUUUUGAUACUUGUGCACGCAUCCGAUGUGGUCCAAAUGCAGACUGUAUCGCGAGUAAUCAUGCCGCAAGUUGUAAUUGUCGCGCCGAUUAUGAAGGCGAUCCGAAUAAUUUGAGCGUAGGAUGUCGUCCGAAACCGGUGAUCUGUUCGUCGCACGUUGACUGUUCGAUCAAUACUUAUUGUUACGAGGGCAUUUGUCGACCCUCUUGUCAAUCGGACGAGGAAUGCAACUUGUCAGAUGUUUGCUUGAAUGGACAAUGCUUGGAUCCGUGCGACGUGAGAGGAACCUGCGGCAUAAACGCUGAAUGCAAAGUAAGAAGUCACAUUAAACAGUGUAGCUGUCCACCAGGCUUCACCGGUAACUCCGAAGUUGAAUGCGUAAGAUUGCCAGUGUCCUGUCUAGGAAGCAGGGACUGCCACGAAGGCAACACCUGUCGCGAGAACGUUUGCUUACCGAUCUGCACCAUCGACGACGAAUGCGCGUUGAACGAAAAAUGCAUUCGCGGCAACUGCUUGCUGACCUGCCGAUUGGACAACGAUUGCUUCCUGGGUCAUAUCUGCCUGAACAAUAUGUGCACGUUCGGUUGUCGUGCCGACGAGGAUUGCAAUGCGAACGAGGCAUGUUCGGGCAACAAGUGCGUGAAUCCGUGCGAGGCCACACCAUGCGGACCAAACGCCAAAUGUACCGUCUUCAAUCAACGUGCUACGUGUUCCUGUCCUUCCGGUUUCAUACCGAAUCCAACGGCCAAGGUCGCCUGCCUGAGGACACCCGGGCCGAUCUGUACGACCAAUCGGGAGUGCCCUGUGGGUACGGCUUGCGUCGCUGGUACAUGUACACCUGUGUGCUCGACCAAUGCAAAUUGUUUGAGCAACGAGAGAUGCGAUAGCUCCGGUAUAUGCAAAUCACUCUGCAGACGAGAUGAAGACUGCAGGAGCGGCGAGAUCUGCGAGGGACUGAUGUGCAUUUCCGGUUGUCGGGCCGACAUUGAGUGUCAGGAUAAUUAUGCGUGUCUAAACAACCAGUGCAGAGAUCCAUGUUCGUUGGCUGACGCUUGCGGCAUAAAUGCCAAGUGCACGACCGUCAAUCACCAAAAAAUAUGUACAUGCUCGUCGCCUUUAGUAGGAGACGCUCGUAUUGCAUGCAAACAGGCAUUCCUUUCUUGCUCGUCUGACGUCGAAUGUUUACCAGGGCAAACAUGCUACGGCAGAUCCUGUUAUUCCACUUGCAAAAGCGAUGCAAAUUGCUUGAGCGAUGAACGAUGCGAUGGCGGUAUUUGUAAAGCGAUAUGUAACAGUGAUGAUCACUGUGUUGCGAAUCAAAUAUGUCAAAAUCGCCUGUGCGAUAUUGGAUGUCGCAGCGAUAACACAUGUCCAGGCGAUGAAUCUUGUAUCAAUAAUCAAUGCAGAAGUUCAUGCGAGGGUGGCAAGGCGUGCGGAGAAUGCGCAGGCUGUCGCGUCGUAAAUCAUGUAGCUCAAUGUAGCUGUCCCGCUAAUUAUUACGGCAACGCGUUAAUCAACUGUGCCAAGACCAUGAUUCCUUGCGACGGUUUGUGCGAGUGCGACGAAAUCGGUUUUUGCACUACCAGUUGCCAUAAUCAGAACGACUGUUCUUGUGGAGAGGCUUGCUUCAGUGGCAAGUGCCGCAUCAAGUGCGACAUUAAUAAUGCGUGUCCAAAGGGAUACGUAUGCGAUGGAGGUUUAUGCUUGGUCGGCUGUCGCACUCAUUCCGACUGUCCGUCAUCGUUGUCAUGCACAAAUAGUCAAUGCGAGAAUCCAUGUUCCGCUCAUGGAUCACCCUGUGGAAUAAACGCACUCUGCCGCGUCUCAAAUCAUCGCGCGGUCUGUUUAUGUCCGGAAGGCUAUCAGGGCGAACCGAGCCAGGAAUGCUACCAACUGGAGUGUCAUCACGACGACGAUUGCGAACCGAACAAGCGUUGCAGUGAAUACGGAGUCUGUACAAAUCCAUGUCUACAUCAUGGUGUUUGCGGCUUUAACGCGCAAUGUCGUGUCAUCAACCGGAAGGCGCAGUGUUCCUGCCCACCAGGACAUUUUGGCAAUCCGAAGAUCAAUUGCAAGAAAGGCGGAGACGAAUGUUUACGAAGGCCUUGCGGUGUUAACGCUAAAUGCCGAGAAACUCUAAAUGGUUUUGAAUGCACGUGUGAUCCAGGAUGCCACGGUGAUCCACAUCAAGUGUGUCUCUGCGAUGGCGAUCUCUGCAAGGACACUCGUUGCGGAAUUAAUGCUGCCUGUCGAAUUUACAAAAAUCAACCGCAAUGUUAUUGCCCAUCAAAUAAUCCAUCGGGCGAUCCAAUGCACGCAUGUAGCUCGGAUAGAGAUUUAGGAGACUGUCGAACGAAUGGAUGCGGAAAGAAUGCCGAGUGUAUUCGGGACGGUGCUAUAUUCGUCUGCCGAUGCCCACCAGGUACUAGCGGAUCACCCGAUAUCGAGUGCACGACAGAGCGCGAAUGCACCAGCGACUUAGAGUGCCCCAAUGAAAAAGCCUGCAUAAAUCUACAAUGUCUGGACCCGUGCGCGCUACGCGGUGCCUGUGGGAUCAAUGCUCUGUGCCGAGUGGUUCUGCACAAACCGCGUUGCUCAUGUCCGCAGUGCUAUAUCGGCAUGCCCCACACGGCCUGCCAUCCAGAUUCCAAAUGCGAUACGCUCAAUCCUAAACCUACGCCGAGCAUCGGUUGUUCCUCCGACUACGACUGUCCAGAGAGUCUCUCCUGCCACUCCCAGACAGGCGAGUGUCGCGAUCCGUGUUUGAGUUAUCGGUAUACCUGCGAGGUCAACAAGAGGUGUCAGGUACGGAAUCACAGCCCUACGUGCGUCUGCAAAUAUGGCUUCGUGGUCAACGAAAUCGGGGAAUUGACCUGUGCCCCUGACACGCUCACCUGCUCGAGGGACUUUGAUUGCCCGUCAAACGCCGCGUGCGUCAACGGGAAAUGUCAGAAUCCCUGUAACGUACGAAACAAAAGACCGUGUACGGCCGAUAAAACCUGCGAUGUCCUGGACCAUCGUCCCGUAUGCAUUUGUACUAAAAACUGCAAUCCCUCCCUCUCCAUUUGCCUGCGAGACAGUGGCUGCUCUCCAGACUUGGCGUGCCGCAACUAUCGCUGCGUGGACCCAUGCAGAAACUCCACCUGUCCGGCUGAUGCCCCCUGUUACGUGGAGGAGCACAAGCCUAUCUGCAAGUUCUGUCCCCCCGGCUUUGUGCCAGAUACUAAAUACGGAUGCAUGAAAGCAGUUCUUCACCCCAUGCCUAAGCCAGUUUGCGAGUCCGAUGAUGACUGCAGUGACGUAGAAGCCUGCGUCGAAAGUUCCUGCGUUGAUCCAUGUAUCAACGAGUGUCAAUUGGCAGUUCAGUGCCGAGUUGAAGCACACAGGCCUAUUUGCAGUUGCGAUCCUAACGAUAAACAUUGUAUAUAUAGUGACGUAACAACGUUGCGUUCUAUAGAUUCAGAUCAGGUUUCUUCCGAAACCGUUCAUACCACAUUACAAACGACGACAAGUAUUAAUCUUCCGUCGUCUACACCGCCUAUUACCACCACAGAGAUAUCAACCGUUGCACAUACGGAGAAAAAUACAGUUCCUUUAACCGAAGUUACUGAAAAUUUAUUGGAAAAUAUUACUACCGAAACAAGUAUAUCAGAUACAACAGUCACAUCGACAGAAAUCGUUACCGAGUUUUCGGAACGUACGACAAGUAUAUCUUCAAUAUUAAAUGCAACUGAAAUGAAUACUUUGAUUCCAACGAUAAAUGUUGAUAUUUUAGAAAACGUUACGUCUAGUCCUUUUACCACUUCGACAAUCGAAAGUACUGAUGUUAUUGAAACCACUUCAAUGGAAUAUACAACAGCACGUACGAUUACUUCCAAAAUUGAAUCGACAACUAGUUUUUUUACUUCGACAGAAGAAAUUACAGAAAAUAUAUUUUCUUCUACCACAACUGCAAGAACACAGAGUGAAUUUGAUUACAAGGAUAAUUUUACAACAACCGAAAUAUUCGAAAUAACUACUAUUCCAGCUGUAACUUCUCCAUCCAAUCGUACCGAUAUUAUCGAUACCACGAUUUCUGAUAAAGGCAUUGAAAUCACAACAAUUUCUAAAUCGACGGAAGUAAAUAACAUUACAGAAGUUCCUGAAAAUGUAACUAUGGUUCCUACUACUGAAGUUCCUAAUAUAAAUGUUGAAGAAACUUUUAUGACAGAAGAAGCUACAACGACAGAAUAUUUUACUAUGCAGUAUUUUACUACCACGGAAUCUAAAGAAUUGACGGUGAAACCGUCAGAAGAAAUUACUGAAUCACAUAUGGAAAAUAACACGAUGAGUUUUACAACGUCUUCUAUGGAAACAAAUUAUACGGUAUCAUCUCCGAAUAUUUUAGAAUAUACCGAAAUAUCUACGAUAAAUAUUGAUCGUACCGAAGAAGCUACACAAGAAUCGAGCACUACAGAACAUAUCUCGACUACAGAACAAUAUAGCACUCCUGAAUAUUCUACAGAGCAAUAUUCUACGAUGAAACAAUUCGAAACGUCCCAGCAACCUACAGAACAAUAUACUACUGCAAAACAAUACACCGAAAAGUUUACAGAAUAUAUUUCUACCACAGAACAUGGCACAUCUGAAUUUACCACAGAAGAACGCUCUACUACAGAACAGCAUACGACAUCAGAACAGAUUACAAAACAAUACACUGUACUUGCACAAUCUACAGAACAGAUUUCGACUAUGGAACAUUAUAAUACUCCUGAAUAUUCUACAGAGCAAUACUCUACGAUGAAACAAUUCACAUCACAGCAACCUACAGAACAAUAUACUACUUCAAAACAAUACACCGAAGAGCUUACAGAAUAUAUUUCUACUACAGAACGUUAUGGCACAUCUGAAUUUACAACAGAACAUCCCACUACAGAACAGCUUGCAACUUCAGAACAGACUACAGAACAACUUACGACUUCAGAACAGACUACAGAACAAUAUACCACUCCUGAAUAUUCUACGAUAAAACAGUUAAGAACAUCACAGCAACCUACAGAACAAUAUACUACUUCGAAACAAUACACCGAAGAGUUUACAGAAUAUAUUUCUACUACAGAACGUUAUGGCACAUCUGAAUUUACAACAGAACAUCCCACUACAGAACAGCUUGCAACUUCAGAACAGACUACAGAACAACUUACGACUUUAGAACAGACUACAGAACAAUAUACCACUCCUGAAUAUUCUACGAUAAAACAGUUAAGAACAUCACAGCAACCUACAGAACAAUAUACUACUUCGAAACAAUACACCGAAGAGUUUACAGAAUAUAUUUCUACUACAGAACGUUAUGGCACAUCUGAAUUUACAACAGAACGUUCCACUACAGAACAGCUUGCAACUUCAGAACAGACUACAGAACAACUUACAACUUUAGAACAGACUACAGAACAAUAUACCACUCCUGAAUAUUCUACAGAGCAAUAUUCUACGACAAAACAAUUUAGAACGUCGCAGCAACCUACAGAAUCAUACACUACUUCGAAACAAUACACCGAAGAACAAUACACAGAAUAUAUUACUACAGAACAUGGCACACCAGAAUAUAGUACAGAAGAAAGUUCGACCACAGAACGUUAUGACACAUCUGAAUUUACCACAGAACAACUUACGACAUCAAAACAAAUUACAAAACAGUACACUAUAGAAGAAUAUUCUACCACGGAACAACUUAAAACGUCACAACAACCUACAGAAGAAUCUACUAUUUCGAAACAAUAUACUACGAUUAAAGAAUCAACGGAACAGACUUCCACUAUGGAACAAAUCUCUACUACAGAAAAGUAUAGUACUUUUGAAUAUCCCACCGAAGAACAUUCUUCUACAGAAGGACAGCUUGCCACGUCUACACAAUCGUUCUUUACUACAGUACAGCAUACUACAGAAGAAUAUUCUACUAUAGAGAAUCUUACUACAUUCGAAAAAUCUACAGAGCAAUACUCGACUACGGAACAAUAUACACCUGAAGAGCAUGUUACAAUAGAAUAUUCUACAACAGAACAAUAUGCGACGACGCAAUAUUCUACAGAGCAAUCCAGCACGCCUGAAAUUACUUGGAAUAAAAUAAAUAUGACUUGCAACGUAGAUACAGAUUGCACAGAAUGCGAGAUUUGCGUGGAUUGUUUAUGCCAGAAUCCGUGUAAAACCAGUAAUCCAUGCCCAGAGAACGUUUUAUGCGACGUUCUGAAUCAUCGGCCUGUGUGCUUAGAAUCAGAGCAGAGUACGUCUAAUUGUAGCAUAUUCCCAGACGUGAAAUGCACAACACAUACCGACUGUCCCAUCCAAUUGGCUUGCGUGAAUCAACAAUGCGUGAACCCUUGCAACUUGGGCAAUCCGUGCGACUUCGUCGAAGCUUGUCAUGUUCAGUAUCAUAGGCCAGUUUGCGUCAAAGUGGAGAGCAAUGAAGCGGAGUGUCCUUACUGUCCACCCGGUAUGCAGUGCGAUCUGUCAACAAAUACAUGCGUCAAAGCGGGUUGCACUAGCAACAGGGAUUGCCCGCUGACAGAGGCGUGCAUCGGGCAUACUUGCCAGGAGCCCUGUCUAGUUCGAAAUCCUUGUACCGAACAUGCUGUUUGUACGAACACAAAUCAUGGAGCAGAUUGCAGUUGUGAAGAAGGCUAUCAUGGAAAUGGAUUCUCCUAUUGUGAUUUGCAAGAAGAAACGAAGAAUAUUUGCCAAUAUAACGAAGAUUGCCCUCCGAACAAAUACUGCGAUCGACUUAAUAGACAGUGUAUCAAUCCUUGCAUCGAAUUCGACUGCGGAGAAAACACAAAGUGCAUCUCUAGUAAUCAUCAGGCACAGUGCACCUGUCUUCCAGGAUAUCAAGGAAAUCCCCAAAUUGGCUGCCACGAAAUACCGAUCUCCGAUCCUUGCGUUCCAAAUCCUUGCGGUUUGAAUGCAUUGUGUGAGAAUGAUAAUGGAAAUCCCGUCUGCUUCUGUCCGAAAGGUCUAACCGGAAGUCCAUUUGAGCAAUGCAUUCCUGAAGGUGAUCAAUGCGAUGGCGAUCCUUGCGGUGUGAAUUCGGGCUGCCGGGUGGUUAACGGACAAGUGAGAUGCUUCUGUCUACCAGGAUACGAAGGAAAUCCGCCUCACUCUCCCUGCACACUUCCCAGUACUACUUGCGAUCCUUCUCCAUGCGGUCCCAAUACUCGCUGUUCCGUAUUGGAGAAUGGCUUUGCGAAGUGUACCUGUUUACCUGGAUAUAUCGAAAGCCCGAAUACUAUUAGAGGAUGCGUACCGAAAGCCGAUCAAUGCGAAUUGAAUCCUUGUGGUUUUGGAGCGAGGUGCAACAGCACGAGGGUACCACCUUGUUACUGUCCAGAUCUCAUGAUUGGAAAUCCAUACAAAAGUUGCGGAGCACGACCAGUGGAACCAUAUGAUCCUUGUCUAUUAUCACCCUGCGGCAAGAACGCCAUUUGUACGGCGAUCGACGGUAUAGCUAAAUGCACAUGCGUACCGCCGUUCAUUGGUAAUCCUUAUAUAGACGGUUGCGAAGCCGAAUGUAUUGUUAAUCGAGAUUGCGAGAAUCACCUGGCUUGCUUCAAUCAACACUGCAGAGAUCCGUGUCCAGGCGUGUGCGGUGCGAAUGCGCACUGCGAAGUCGUCGAUCAUCUUCCGAUGUGUUCUUGCUUGCCGGGAUACACCGGCGAUCCAUUCAGAGCCUGUAAAGUGGAGAGACCUUUAGUACCAGAUCAGAAUCCAUGUAUGCCAUCGCCAUGUGGUCCACACAGCAUUUGCCGUGUAAUGAACGAUCGUGCAGUUUGCUCCUGCAGUCCGGGUUAUCAGGGUACUCCGCCGCAUUGCCGUCCAGAGUGUCUCGUUAGCACAGAAUGUCCGCUUCAUCUAGCUUGCAUUAAUCAAAAAUGUAAUGAUCCUUGUCCGGGAUUGUGCGGUUUGAAUGCUGAUUGUCAAGUUAUCAAUCACAAUCCUAUCUGUAGCUGUCCUCGUCAGUACAUCGGCGAUCCGUUCACACAUUGCGCUAAAGAAGAACCUUUACCACCAACCACUGUGAAUCCUUGCUUGCCAUCGCCUUGCGGACCCAACGCUGAUUGUCGCGUGCAAGAAGAUCAUCCUAUAUGCACGUGCAUCAGCGGUAUGUUCGGAGCACCGCCGAAUUGCAGACCAGAAUGCGUGAUAGAUCAAGAUUGCAUCAGUUCUUUGGCUUGUAUUCAAAAGAAAUGUCUAGAUCCGUGUAUUGGAUCAUGCGGCUUCAACACGAAUUGUGCAGUGCAGAAUCAUCGACCUAUAUGUCAAUGUUAUGCGGGCUACGAAGGUGAUCCUUUUUCAGGCUGCGCCAAAGCCAUUUUCCCAGUGCAAUUGCCAUGCGAUCCUUCGCCGUGCGGUGCAAAUGCUGUAUGUAAAGAGCGAAACGGCGCGGGUUCUUGCACCUGUCUGCCUGAUUAUACCGGUGAUCCGUACGAGGGUUGCAGACCGGAAUGCGUGCAAAACUCGGAUUGCGUUCACACAAAGGCUUGCAUCAACAACAAGUGCAAGGAUCCCUGUAUAGGAGCUUGUGGAAUUAACGCGCAAUGCCAAGUUUAUAAUCAUCAGCCAUCCUGCAGCUGCCUCUACGGUUAUACUGGAGAUCCGCUGACGUCUUGCCACGUGCCAAUAAAGCCUUCAAUACCAGGUGAUACUUGCCAACCAUCUCCCUGCGGACCGUACAGCAACUGUCGUGUUAUCGAUAAUCACGCAGUAUGCUCCUGUCAACCUAAUUAUAUCGGUAGUCCACCGUCUUGCCGACCGGAAUGCGUCGUCAGUACGGAUUGUAGUCCGAACGCAGCGUGCAUCAAUCAGAGAUGCAAGGAUCCAUGUGUAGGCACGUGCGGCGUAAAUGCAGAUUGUCGAGUGAUCAAUCAUAAUCCCGUCUGUAUUUGCGCGAUUGGUUAUAGCGGAGAUCCGUUCUUUGGAUGUGUCAAAGAAGUAGAGGUAACACCAGUACCAAGACCGAGCGGCAAUCCGUGUGUUCCCUCGCCAUGUGGAUCGAAUUCCCAGUGUCGGGUAAUCGACGGCUUCCCGGCGUGCUCGUGUUUACCGAAUUACGUGGGUCGGGCGCCAAAUUGCCGUCCCGAGUGUGUCAUAAACGAAGGAUGUCCCGGAAAUCUGGCGUGCCAGAACGAGCAAUGUAUAGAUCCGUGUCCAGGCUCUUGCGGCGUGAACACAUAUUGUAAUGUCGUCAAACACAAUCCCGUCUGCAUCUGUAAUGAUGAUUACACCGGCAAUCCAUUCACGGAAUGUACACCUAUCGUAGAAGCACCCAUUACAACGGAACAACCACGUACACCUUGUAAUCCAUCACCAUGUGGCGCCAAUGCUGUGUGCAACGAACGGAAUGGCGUUGGCUCUUGCACGUGUUUGCCACAGUACUUUGGCGAUCCGUACAUCGCCUGCAGACCCGAAUGUGUCACGAACGCCGAUUGUGAUCGCAGCAAGGCCUGUCUGAACAACAAGUGUAUUAAUCCAUGCCCAGGUACCUGUGGUCAGGAUGCUACUUGUCGGGUGGUUAAUCACGCCCCGAUGUGUUCCUGCCUACCGGGAUACACCGGCGACCCAGUGAACGGCUGCACCAUCAUCGAUCUCGCGACGCCGUUGCCAUCGCCGAUCGAUCCAUGCGAUCCAUCGCCGUGUGGACCCAACAGCAACUGCCGAAUUCAAAACGGACACGCAGUGUGUCUAUGUCAGCCAGGAUUCGCCGGCAUCCCGCCGACCUGUCGACCGGGAUGCAUCGUCAGCUCCGAGUGUCCGCAGAACAAGGCAUGCAUCCACAACAAGUGCGCAGACCCGUGUCCCGGUUCCUGCGGACAGAACACGAAUUGCCUCACGGUGAAUCACAAUCCCAUCUGCAGCUGCGCCAGCGGUUACUCUGGCGAUCCAUUUGUGCACUGCGUCAGGAUCAGCACCACGUCGCCAUUGCCAAAGGGAGAAGGAGAUCCGUGCUCGCCAAAUCCAUGCGGUCCUAACUCGCAAUGCAAAGUAAUCGGCUUGCAUCCAGCAUGCUCUUGCUUGCAGAACUACAUCGGUCGACCGCCUAAUUGUAGACCGGAGUGCACCGAUAACUCGGAAUGCUUCAACACCGCAUCGUGCAUCAAUCAGAGAUGUAAGAAUCCUUGUCCCGGUGCUUGCGGUGAACUCGCUAGGUGCAUAGUGCAGAAUCACAUACCGAUCUGUACCUGUCCGGAUGGAUACGAAGGCGAACCCUCUAUACGCUGUGUUCUGGCACUUCCUCCAGCGACUGACACGCCAGUGUCUCAUCCGUGCUCGCCAAAUCCUUGCGGUCCUAAUGCGCAAUGUCGUGAGAGAAACGGGGCAGGCGCUUGCGGAUGUCCACCGGAUUUGAUCGGUGAUCCUUACGACAUUGUCAAGGGAUGCCACAGAGAAUGCGAAACAAAUAAUGACUGCGCACCGCAGCUGGCAUGUGUCGGCUUUAAAUGCACAGAUCCGUGUCCCAAUACGUGCGGGACAUUGUCUAUAUGCAAUGUACAAGCUCACGUUCCUGUAUGUCUGUGUCCCCCAGGAUACACGGGAGAUCCAUACUUUGCUUGCGAAAUCGAGGAAAUGACAAAAACAUUAGAACCGUGUUCUCCAUCACCUUGUGGGCCCAACAGUAAAUGCCGAGUCGUUAAUGGUCAAGCCGUGUGUAGCUGUUUGCCAGAGUAUACGGGCAUUCCACCAUCGUGUAGACCAGAAUGCAUUGUUAAUGCUGAAUGUCCACCACAUUUGGCAUGUGUGAAUAAGAAAUGCGCAGAUCCUUGUCCGAAUACCUGUGGAUUGAGAGCGCAAUGUACUACGAAAAAUCACAAUCCGAUUUGUACUUGCCCUGCUGGCUUCACAGGAGAUCCUUUCACUUUGUGCUCGCCACACGUUCCUAGUGAAUACCCGAUAACCGAACGGCCACCAUCAUGCACCCCGUCGCCUUGCGGUCCGAACUCUUUGUGUCAAAUAAUAUCCGGGAAUCCUGCGUGCUCCUGCCUGCCUAAUUACAUUGGUGUACCGCCACAAUGUCGACCAGAAUGCAUUUUGAGCUCCGAGUGCAAGAGUCAUCUCGCAUGCGUCAAUCAGAGGUGUACAGAUCCUUGUCCGGGAUCGUGCGGAAUAAACGCUCAAUGUCACGUAUUGAAUCAUUUGCCAGUUUGCACAUGCAUGGAAGGAUUCACCGGAGAUCCAUUUACGCAAUGCAGCAUCAUUCCGCCAGUUACAGAACCACCGCCUACAGAUCCUUGUGCUCUAUCUCCAUGUGGUCCGAACGCCAUAUGUGAUAAUGGUGAAUGUAAAUGCUUGCCUGAAUACAUCGGUAAUCCUUACGAAGCUUGUCGGCCCGAAUGCAUUCUCAAUUCCGAAUGUCCACGUGACAAAACUUGCCUGAAGAAUAAAUGCAAGGAUCCCUGUUCUGGUAUAUGCGGUCAAAAUGCGCGAUGCGACGUUGUGAAUCACAUUCCUGUCUGCUCCUGUCCAUCCGGAUACGUGGGUGAUCCAUUCGUCAACUGUCGCGUUCAAGCUACAGUGCCGGAGUCUCGAAGGGAUCCCUGCACACCUUCGCCUUGCGGACCGAACAGUCAAUGCCGUAAUAUCGAGGAUCACGCUGUGUGCUCUUGUCUCCAAGGCUAUCUUGGUUCCCCGCCAUCCUGCAGACCGGAAUGUCUCGUUAGUUCUGAAUGUCCACCAACGCGAGCUUGCGUAAACAAGAAGUGCACAGACCCAUGCCUGGGUUCCUGUGGUUUGAACGCGAGAUGCGAAGUGAUCAACCACUCACCGAUAUGCAGCUGUCUGCCUGGACAGACGGGAGAUCCAUUCAAGAGUUGUUACGACAUUCCACUUCCACCAGAACCUAAGGAUCAUGGCGAUCCUUGUAUUCCUUCGCCAUGCGGUCCGAAUGCACUCUGUAAGAAUGCAAAUGGACAACCGUCGUGUUCAUGUCUACCUACGUACAUCGGCAUCCCGCCAUCAUGUCGGCCGGAGUGUUUGAUCAACCCUGAUUGUCCUCCGGAAAAAUCUUGCAUAAAUAUGAAAUGUAAAGAUCCCUGUCCAGGAUCUUGCGGAGACAACGCUGAAUGCAAAGUAGUGAAUCACGCAGUGACCUGUUCGUGUAAGAAUGGAUAUAUUGGCAAUCCGUUCGUGCAAUGUGUGCUAGAAGAGGAAACGAUAAAUCCGUGCGAGCCUUCGCCAUGUGGAGCCAACGCGAUCUGCCAGCAGCGAGAUAAUGCGGGCGCUUGCAUAUGUAUCGAUGAUUACUAUGGAAAUCCUUACGAAGGCUGUCAACCAGAAUGCGUCCUUAGUGCGGAUUGUCCCACGAACAAGGCUUGUAUUCGCAACAAGUGCAAGGAUCCUUGUCCAGGUGUGUGCGGCGUACGGGCGCAGUGUUCGGUCAUCAAUCACAUUCCGACGUGUACCUGCGAGCCUGGAUACAUCGGUGAUCCGUUUACGAUUUGCACUCUUCAACCGGAAAUCGAUACGGAGCCUACCGUCAAGGACGCGUGCUCGCCGACACCCUGCGGCCCGAAUAGCUUGUGUCGUGCUGUAAACAAUCAAGCCGUCUGCACGUGUCAAGAGUCUUUCGUAGGCGUCCCACCGAAUUGUAAGCCGGAAUGCGUCGUCAAUUCUGAAUGUCCGCAGAACAGAGCAUGCUAUAAGCACAAGUGUACAGAUCCGUGCCCCGGUACUUGCGGAGUUGAGGCCAAUUGCCGUGUCAUUAAUCACAAUCCGCUCUGCAGCUGUCCACAGGGAAAAACAGGCGAUCCUUUCUUCAGAUGUUUCCCCGAACCUGUUGUGCCGCUGCCACCGAUGGAUCCUUGUUUCCCUAGUCCAUGUGGUCUUUAUGCUGAGUGUAAAGUUGUCAACAAUCAAGCCGCAUGUACCUGUUUGAAAAAUUACAUAGGGAUACCACCCAAUUGCCGCGCGGAAUGUGUAGUUAAUACAGAUUGCCCGUUGGAUCAAGCUUGCAUCUCGGAAAAAUGUCGUGAUCCUUGCAUCGGCUCUUGCGGUCAGAAUGCCGAUUGUCGAGUUCAGAAUCAUAUACCGGUUUGCUUGUGUCAACCUGGUUACUCUGGCGAUCCUUUCAGUUUGUGCACAGUUAUUAAAGAACAACCAAAGGUUCCUCAAGAUUUGUGCAACCCUUCGCCUUGUGGACCUAAUGCAUUGUGCAACGAAGGUGUAUGCACUUGUUUGCCCAACUAUUUCGGAGAUGCGUAUUCUUAUUGUCGACCGGAAUGCACAAUGAAUUCUGAUUGUCCUCGCAUUAAAACAUGUAUCAAUCAAAACUGCGUGGAUCCUUGCCCAGGCACAUGCGGUCGCGAUGCACGCUGCGACGUUGUUAAUCACGUCCCAAUGUGCAGUUGUCCACCUGGUUACACCGGAAAUCCGUUCCUUUUGUGCCGACCACAUGUACCAGAAGUUAUUAAACAGCCUUGCACGCCAUCGCCUUGUGGACCAAACAGCAUCUGCAAAGUUGUAAGUGAGCAUGCUGUGUGUUCUUGCCAACCUGGUUUAAUCGGCAGCCCACCCGCCUGCAAACCAGAAUGUAUUGUCAGUGCCGACUGUCCAUUGACACAGGCGUGUCUGAAUAAUAAAUGUCAAGAUCCAUGCCCAGGCACAUGCGGACAAAAUACAAAUUGUCAAGUGGUUAAUCAUAAUCCAAUAUGCAGUUGCUCCGAAUCUUACACAGGCGAUCCUUUCAGCAUAUGCUAUCCGCAACCAAAAACACCACCUACACCGAUGAACCCGUGUCUACCGUCGCCCUGCGGUCCAAAUGCGGAGUGCCAAGUGAGAGGCGAGAGUCCCGCGUGUUCUUGCAUCGAAAAUUACGUCGGUUUGCCACCGAAUUGCAGACCGGAGUGCACUAUCAAUCCUGAGUGUCCGUCGCAAUUAGCGUGUUUGCAACAAAAAUGUCGCGACCCGUGUGUCGGUCUGUGCGGUCUGAACGCUCAGUGCUCCGUAGUGAAUCACCAUGCGGUUUGUGCGUGCACCGCUGGAUACACCGGAAAUCCAUUCAGCGCUUGCGAACGAGUACCAGAGGAUACGCCCCUAGACAUUAAAAAACCAUGCGAGCCUUCUCCUUGUGGUCUAAAUGCUAUCUGCCGCGAAAACAACGGCGUUGGCUCGUGCACCUGUCUGCCGGAUUAUCAGGGUGAUCCUUACGAAGAAUGCAAGCCCGAGUGCACGCAAAAUUCCGACUGUCUGACGAGAAUGGCGUGCAUGGGCUUAAAAUGCAGAGACCCUUGCCCAGGAACUUGCGGAGUGAAUGCCCAAUGCCAAUCGGUUAAUCAUCUACCGAUCUGUACUUGCAUUCCCGGCUAUACCGGAAAUCCGUUCACCCACUGUUCCCCAAUAAUUCAAGACUCCUUGCCAGAAACAAAUCCAUGCAGCCCGUCUCCCUGUGGACCUAAUAGUAAGUGUCGAGAUGUAAACGGCCUUGCCGUUUGCUCUUGUCUCCCGAAUUUUAACGGCAGUCCCCCAAACUGUCAUGCCGAAUGCGUGGUAAACAGCCAAUGUCCUUCGGAUCUUACUUGCAUCAAUCAGAAAUGUACGUCGCCCUGCCCGGACCCGUGUGGAAUAAACACUCAGUGCAAAGUGAUCAAUCACAGCCCCAUCUGCGUCUGCAAUCUCGAUUUUACCGGGGAUCCUUUUAUGAGAUGCUUUCCCGCCCCACAACCGCUAGAUUUUCCUGUAGCCCCCGUAGAUCCGUGUCUGCCGUCUCCGUGCGGCAUGAACGCGGAAUGCAGGAAUAUUGCUGGCACAGCAUCGUGCUCCUGUUUUGCCUCUUACAAGGGAUCACCGCCGAAUUGUCGUCCUGAAUGUCGCGUAAAUUCCGAGUGUCCGAUGAAUCUUGCCUGCAACAACGAGAAAUGCAGGGAUCCCUGUUUAGGCUCUUGCGGCAUCACUUCUUUGUGUACAGUCUAUAAUCACGUACCCGUGUGCACUUGUCCCGAAGGAUAUACCGGUGAUCCGUUCAGUAACUGUUAUCCUCGACCGAUUACAACAUCACCGAUAAUUACUGAUCCUUGCGAUUUGAAUCCUUGUGGUCCGAAUGCACGAUGCAAUCAUGGCAUCUGCAUAUGUCUGCCUGAGUAUCAGGGUGAUCCUUACGUAGGUUGCCGUCCCGAGUGUGUCACGAAUACCGAUUGUACCCUCGAUCGUGCAUGCAUUCGUAACAAAUGCCUGGAUCCCUGCCCGGGCACGUGUGGUCAGAAUGCAUUAUGCUCCGUGUAUAAUCACGUACCUAUGUGCACCUGUCCAGCUGGAAUGGCUGGCAAUGCCUUUGUUCAAUGUUCCAUUCUCGCAGAUAUUCCGAAGGGAAAUCCCUGCUUGCCCUCGCCCUGCGGACCCAACAGUAUUUGCCGAGAAAACAACGGGCAACCGGUGUGCUCGUGUGUCACCGGAUUCCUUGGCGUUCCGCCAGCAUGCAGACCUGAAUGCACUGUCAGUUCCGAUUGUCUUCUGACAGAAGCUUGCAGCAAUCAGAAAUGCAUAAAUCCAUGCCUCGGUGCAUGUGGAAUUAGAGCUACGUGUCAAGUGAUCAAUCACAAUCCUAUCUGUAGUUGUGGAGAACUUACUGGGGAUCCAUUCAUUCAAUGCCUUCCACGACCACCCGAGCCUGUUCUGCAAACAAAUCCUUGUGUGCCAUCUCCUUGUGGAGCGAAUGCCGAGUGUAGAGUUGCAGGAGAUACUCCUAUAUGCUCAUGUCUACCUGAAUUCCUAGGUACACCUCCGUAUUGUAAACCAGAAUGCAUUAGCAAUAGUGAAUGUCCCUCACAUUUGGCGUGUAUGAAUAAGAAAUGCAGAGAUCCUUGCGAAGAUUCCUGUGGAAUCAAUGCCGAGUGUCGUGUGGUGAGCCAUACACCUAUGUGUGUUUGUCCUAGCGAGUUCACCGGCGAUCCCUUCACGCAGUGUACAAUAAAUCCACCCACAACUUUUUCGUUGUCACCUUGUAAACCAUCACCUUGUGGUUUUAACGCCAUUUGUAAGGAACAGCAUGGCGUUGGAUCCUGUUCUUGUUUACCAGAUUAUGUCGGUAAUCCUUAUGAAGGAUGUCGUCCAGAAUGCGUUGUCGAUACAGAUUGCAUAUUCACUCUUGCAUGUAUACAAUCGAAAUGCAAAGAUCCGUGUCCUGGUGCUUGCGGACAGUUUGCCGAAUGUCAAGUUAUCAAUCAUCGACCGUCUUGCACAUGUAUUUCCGGUUACAGCGGCAAUCCCUUCCAAUAUUGCAAUAUAAUACGUGAUAUUGUUGAGAUUCCGAUAGAUGUUUGCAAUCCAUCGCCUUGCGGACCCAAUAGCCAAUGUCGUGUCAAUAACAAUCAAGCUGUCUGUUCUUGUCUUCCGGUUUUCAUCGGAAAUCCACCAGCGUGUCGUCCCGAAUGCGUGACAAGUUCGGAUUGUCCGCUCGCACUUGCUUGCAUGAAUCAAAAAUGUCAAGAUCCCUGCCCUGGUUCUUGUGGUCAAAAUUCAAAUUGCAAGGUCAUUAAACACAAUCCAAUUUGCUCUUGCAAGAACGGUUAUACCGGGGAUCCAUUUACCGUUUGCUUCCAAACACCUGUAAAUCCGCCCAUUGUAAGUGACAUUGUGAGAGAUCCAUGCAUACCGUCGCCUUGCGGCGCAUUUUCUGAAUGUCGCGAUAUAGGAGGGGUACCAUCGUGUUCUUGUUUGCCAACGUACAAAGGUAGCCCACCAAAUUGCAAACCAGAAUGUACAAUCAAUGCGGAAUGUCCGGCUAAUAUGGCUUGCAUGCGACAAAAAUGUAGAGAUCCCUGUCCAGGUUUAUGUGGCAUAAUGGCUCAAUGUAGUGUCGUGAAUCACGUGCCGAUUUGCUCAUGUUUACCGGAUUAUACCGGCGAUCCUUUCGUCCACUGUUCCAUAAGUUCAUUUUCUACUCAGUUGUCUAUACCGGAUCCAUGUACACCCUCGCCUUGCGGACCUAAUACUCAGUGUAACGGAGGAAUUUGCACUUGCAUAAUAGAAUAUUUCGGAGACCCGUACAGUGGUUGUCGUCCAGAAUGCGUACUGAAUAACGAUUGCCCGAACACGCAGGCAUGCGUGCGAAACAAAUGCGUGGAUCCUUGUCCAGGGGUUUGUGGCCAAAAUGCAAUGUGCAACGUAUACAACCAUGUUCCCAUGUGUACUUGUCCUGCAGGAAUGAUUGGAAAUGCUUUUGUCUUAUGUUCCCCCGUCCCAGCACCUUCCAUUAGCAAUCCAUGUAAUCCGUCUCCAUGCGGUCCGAAUAGUCAAUGCAGACAAAAUAACAUGCAGGCCGUAUGUAGUUGCAUAAGCGGAUUCGUCGGAGCACCUCCGACUUGUAGGUCCGAAUGCAUAAUCAGUUCAGAUUGUCCAAAGAACGAAGCAUGUACAAAUCAAAAGUGUCGGGAUCCUUGUCCAGGAAGUUGCGGACGCAAUACAGUUUGCGAUGUCAUUAAUCACAAUCCCGUUUGUGUCUGUCGUCCUGGAAUGAUUGGGGAUCCGUUUAUUAAUUGUUUCUCACCUCCUGAGGAACCAUUACCCGUGCUCAAUCCUUGUCAACCAUCACCGUGUGGAUCAAACGCGCACUGUCAAGUAAUCAAUGAUCAACCCUCUUGCUCGUGCUUGCAAGAAUUUAUCGGCUCACCCCCGAACUGCCGGUACGAAUGCAUCAGUAAUAGCGAAUGCUCGAAUAAAAUGGCCUGCAUCAACCAAAAAUGUCGCGAUCCAUGCAUUAAUGCAUGUGGAAUCAAUGCCAUUUGCAAUGUUGUUAGCCACACGCCAAUGUGCGCGUGUUCACCCGAUUAUACCGGUGAUCCUUUCACGCAGUGCUCUCCCGAACGAUUUGAUAUACAGCCCAGCGUAGCCACACCGUGCACACCAUCUCCGUGUGGUGCGAAUGCAAUAUGCAGAGUUUUGCAAAACGCCGGUUCUUGCACAUGUUCGCCCGAUUAUGUGGGCAAUCCCUAUGAAGGAUGUAGACCUGAAUGCACACUCAAUUCUGACUGUCCGUCGAAUCAGGCGUGUAUCGGUUUAAAAUGCAAAGAUCCGUGUCCAGGAACGUGCGGCCAGAACGCACAAUGCUACGUAAUUAAUCAUGCACCAACUUGCACCUGUUUCGAGCGAUUUACAGGAAAUCCAUUUAUAUACUGCAAUCUUAUCGUCGAAGCCCCGGUUGUAUCAGAUAAUUUUGAUCCCUGUCAACCAUCUCCUUGUGGACCAUAUAGUCAAUGUAGACCAAAUAACGGCCAAGCUGUUUGCUCUUGCCUUUCAAAUUAUAUCGGUGCACCACCCGGUUGUAGACCCGAAUGCACUGUUAGCACGGAAUGCGCGACAAAUCGCGCUUGUGAAAAUAACAAGUGCAUCGAUCCUUGUCCAAAUUCGUGCGGUCAGGGAACGACAUGUAGAGUCGUGAAUCAUAGUCCAAUAUGCAUGUGCAAAUCCGGAUACAGCGGUGACCCAUUCAUCCGCUGCACAUUUAUCCCACCUACUGCAUUAAGUCUGCCCUCGGAUCCUUGUAUACCUUCUCCGUGCGGACCCAAUUCACAAUGUCGUAAUGUCAAUGGUUAUCCAUCUUGUUCUUGUAUGACUAAUUACAUUGGUGUACCGCCAAACUGUCGCCCUGAAUGCAUUAUUCCUGCCGACUGCCCGAGCAACCAGGCUUGCAUUCGCGAGAAAUGUCAAGAUCCUUGUCCAGGUUCUUGCGGUCUGAAUGCCGAUUGUGUCGUUCACAAUCACAUUCCAAUUUGCAGAUGUAUAGAGAGUUAUACUGGCGAUCCGUUUAUCGGUUGUCAACCUAUGCCAAUUAACGACAUACCAGUGCAGAAACCCGAUCCGUGCAGUCAAUCACCCUGCGGGCCAAAUGCUCGAUGCAACAACGGCAUUUGUACUUGUUUACCUGAAUAUUUCGGCGAUCCAUAUAUAGGCUGUCGACCAGAAUGCAUACUUAGUGCAGAUUGUUCCGUUGAUAGAGCAUGCAUACGAAAUAAAUGCGUAGAUCCUUGUCCAGGUACUUGUGGACAAAACAGUUUAUGCAACGUGAUAAAUCACACACCGAUGUGCAGCUGCCCUUCCGGUACCACCGGAAAUGCGUUUAUUUCUUGCGAUGUAAUAAAAGUUUCGCCCGUGACAAGACCGUGCAAUCCGAAUCCCUGCGGUCCAAACAGCAUAUGUCGCGAAUUAAAUGGACAGGCCGUGUGCACGUGUGCUCCAGAGUUCCUUGGAUCACCACCUUUAUGCCGCCCCGAAUGUACUCUCAGUUCCGAUUGUCGGCCAAAUGAAGCUUGCAUUAAUCAAAAAUGCAAAGAUCCUUGCCCUGGCACAUGCGGCAUUCAAGCGAGAUGCGUAGUCAUUAACCAUAAUCCUGUAUGUUCAUGUCCUGAACACUACACAGGCGACCCGUUCGUCAGAUGCGAAUACGUCACAAAGCCAGUAGCGCCUGCGAUAAAUCCUUGUCAACCCUCGCCCUGCGGUCCGUACGCUCAGUGCCAAGUUGUUAACGAUUUGCCAUCCUGUUCGUGCCUACCCGAGUAUAAAGGCUCGCCUCCGUAUUGCCGACCCGAGUGCGUUUCCAAUUCCGAAUGUCCUGGUCAUCAGAGUUGCGUGCGGCAAAAGUGCGUAGAUCCUUGCCCAGGUCUAUGUGGAGAGAAUGCGGAGUGCCACGUCGUGCAACACGUACCUCAUUGCGUCUGUUCCUACGGUCUCACCGGUGACCCGUACACACGUUGCUCAGUGAUAACUCCAUACGAGCAAGAAGUGGAACCACAACAGUCGCCCUGCGCGAACUUUGAAUGCGGCACGAACGCGAUAUGUAGAGAGCGAGACGGCAUAGCAAUCUGUCAGUGUACAUCUAAUUACGCUGGCAAUCCGUAUUUAGCGUGCCGACCCGAAUGCGUUAUUAAUCCCGACUGUCCAUCCAACUUGAUGUGCGUAAGAAACAAGUGCGCCAAUCCCUGCGCUGGCGUGUGCGGCCAAAACGCCGAGUGCUCGGUUGUUAAUCAUCAACCGAUGUGCACAUGUAUCCCUGGAUAUACUGGAGAUCCCUUUGUUUAUUGUUCCAUGAAUAAAAUAAUCCUAGAUGAAAACGUUUGCGCUCCGUCACCCUGUGGACCCAACAGCAAAUGCAAAGAAGUAUCCGGACAGGCAGUCUGUUCAUGCCUGCCGACGUAUGUGGGAUCUCCACCUGCAUGCAGACCCGAAUGUAUCGCUAGCUCAGAUUGCUCCCCGCAGUUAGCUUGCAAGGACUACAAAUGUGUGAACCCCUGUCCAAGCCCAUGCGGACUCAAUACCAAUUGCGCGGUCGUUAAUCACAGCCCCAUCUGCAGUUGUAUGCCCGGUUACAGCGGAGAUCCGUUUACCAUAUGCACGUCAAUUCCACCUGUAACGCCACUAUUAAUAGAAAGAGAUCCAUGCGUACCAUCUCCGUGCGGUAGUUUCUCUCAGUGCAGAAAUAUCGGCGGUUCUCCUGCGUGUACCUGCUUGGAAAAUUACUUAGGUCAGCCGCCUAAUUGCAGGCCCGAGUGUACUAUACACUCGGAGUGUUCAAACGAUAAAGCCUGCAUCAACAUGAAGUGCGUAGAUCCGUGUCCCGGCUCGUGCGGCACCAAUGCUCUAUGUUCCGUCAUUAAUCACAUCCCCACGUGCAGAUGCCCCGAAGGGUACACCGGAAAUACAUUUAUCCUCUGCGAAAUUAUAGCGACACCUAUACCAUCUACAGUCGAAGACGCCUGCAUACCUUCACCCUGCGGUCCCAACGCGGAAUGCUCGAACGGUGUUUGUAACUGUAUAUCGGAAUUCCGAGGAGAUCCAUAUGUAGGUUGCCGACCGGAAUGCGUUUUAAAUGCCGACUGUUCCCGCGACAAAGCGUGCAUGCGUAAUAAAUGUCUGGACCCCUGCCCCGGAGCUUGCGCCCUUAACGCAUUGUGCACAGUGAUUAGUCACGUUCCCAUGUGUAGUUGCCCUGGAAAUAUGACCGGCAAUGCAUUCAGCCAAUGUACGCCUUUACAAGACAUGCCACCCGCUAAUCCAUGCGUUCCUUCGCCCUGUGGAGCGAACAGCGAGUGUCGCGUUAUAAACAAUCAAGCUGUUUGUUCCUGUGUAAGAGGAUAUCUAGGUAGCCCUCCGACCUGCAGACCUGAAUGUAUAGUCAGCACGGAUUGUCCGCAGAACGAAGCUUGUAGCAACCAGAAGUGUACGAACCCUUGUCCAGGAAGUUGCGGAUUAAAUGCCUUGUGUCACGUAGUAAAUCACAAUCCGAUUUGCGUUUGCCCUCCUCAUCAAACCGGCGAUCCUUUCGUUAGAUGUUAUCAAGCACCUCAAGAGCUACCGUUGCCUCCUUCACCAUGUAAACCAAAUCCCUGCGGUCCAAAUUCGCAUUGUCAAGCGCGCGAUGACAGAUCUGAAUGCACAUGUUUACCCGGUUUCAUCGGCAAUCCGCCUUUGUGUAGAGUGGAGUGCGCCAGUAAUAGCGAGUGUGCUAAUCACUUGGCUUGUAUCAAUCAAAAAUGUCAGAAUCCGUGCAUUAGUUCUUGCGGAGCGAAUGCUAAUUGUCACGUUAUCAGUCAUACCCCGAUGUGUUCUUGCGUGGACGGUUUCACCGGUGAUCCAUUUACGCAAUGCAUCUUCAGAGAACCCACACCAUUAUCAUCUGCACCGGUUGAUCCCUGUAGCCCCUCUCCUUGCGGCUCCAAUGCAGUAUGCAAGGAAUUCAACGGUGCCGGUUCAUGUACAUGCUUGCCGAAUUAUGUCGGUAACCCCUACGAAGGAUGCAGACCGGAAUGCGUCCUGAAUUCGGAUUGCCCUGCCAAUCUGGCUUGCAUAAAUACUAAAUGUAGAGAUCCAUGUCCGGGAUCGUGCGGACGCAACGCAUUAUGUCAAGUAAUCAAUCACUUGCCGGUGUGCAAUUGUUAUCCCAGCUACACUGGUAACGCUUUCCUGUAUUGCAGUCCGAUAGAAAUAGAAGGAGAUGAUGCUGUGGUUAGUAAUCCCUGCGAACCAUCACCUUGCGGACUUAACAGCUUGUGUCGCGUGGUGGAUAGUACAAGUGUCUGUACUUGUUUACCCUCCUUCUUGGGCAGCCCGCCAAACUGUCGCCCUGAAUGCACUGUUAGCGCCGAAUGUGCCUUCAAUUUGGCAUGCAUCUCGAAUAAAUGUAACGAUCCCUGCCGCGGUUCCAGAUUGUGCGGUUCUAACGCAAGAUGUCAAACGAUCAAUCAUAAUCCCAUAUGUUCGUGCUCGUCUGGUUUUACUGGCGAUCCGUUCAUUGUCUGCUUUGAAAUACCACCUAAAGAUGAAGAGCUUCGUCCACUUGUGAAUCCUUGCGUACCUUCACCCUGCGGACCUUUCUCGGAAUGUCGUGACAUUCGCGGUCAAGCAUCGUGCGCUUGUUUAUCGACGUAUAUAGGACAACCACCCAAUUGCAGGCCUGAAUGUUCAAUUAAUUCAGAAUGCCCGACUAAUCAGGCUUGUAUACAAAGAAAAUGUCGAAAUCCUUGCGAUGGAGUGUGCGGUGUAGAUGCAACUUGUAGUAUUCACCGUCACACACCCAUAUGUUCUUGUCUCACUGGAUAUACCGGGGAUCCAUUCGUAGUGUGUAGACCAAUUCCCGAGGAAGAUACAACACUCAAACCAACGGAUCCAUGCUUAAAUUGCGGCUCAAAUACGCAAUGCUUUAACGGUGUGUGUUCUUGUCUUCCCGAGUACCAAGGAGAUCCGUACUUUGGAUGUCGCCCGGAAUGUAUUCUGAAUUCUGAUUGUCCGAUAGACAGGGCAUGCAUUAAAAACAAGUGUCGGGAUCCUUGCGAUCUCGGAAUAUGUGGUCUCAAUGCUGUAUGCUCCGUCGGAAAUCACAUACCUGUGUGCACUUGCUUGCCGAAAAUGUCUGGCAACGCCUUCAUAAUGUGUUCCCCGAUAGAAGAACCGAUAACAAAAGAUCCCUGCAAUCCGACACCAUGUGGACCGAACAGCCAAUGCCGAAGAAUAAAAGAUCAAGCUGUCUGUUCGUGUCUCUCUGGAUAUUUGGACGCGCCACCCACGUGUAGAGCUGAAUGUAUUAUUAGUUCUGACUGUCCCGCCAACAUGGCCUGCAAUAAUCGGAAAUGCAUAGAUCCCUGCCCCGGAACGUGCGGCAUUAGAGCGCAGUGUACAGUUGUCAAUCACAAUCCGAUUUGUUCUUGUCCUUCCGAGUUGACUGGUGAUCCUUUCACUCAGUGCAUACCGAGACCAACAGAAUCUCCGAUACCAAUCAAUCCCUGCGUCCCAUCGCCGUGUGGAAUUAACAGUAAAUGCGAAGUUAUAAACAAUGCACCUUCAUGUUCCUGUUUGCCAGAAUUUGUCGGCAGCCCGCCAAAUUGCAAGCCGGAAUGCGUUAGCAAUAGCGAAUGUUCCACGCACUUGGCGUGUAUCAAUCAGAAGUGUCGUGAUCCAUGUCCAGGAUCUUGCGGUAUCAAUUCCGAGUGUCGAGUAAUAAGUCAUACACCUAUGUGCAUUUGUCUUGCCGGAUUCGAAGGUGAUCCAUUCGUGCUAUGUAAUCCGAAGCAAAGCGAUGUUAUAAAUGCCGUGAAACCAACACCUUGUAUUCCGUCUCCGUGCGGCUUUAAUGCGAUAUGUCGCGAAUUAAACGGCGUUGGUUCUUGCACAUGUCAGUCGGAUUAUACAGGAAAUCCAUACGAAGGCUGCCGACCCGAGUGCACGAUAAAUUCCGAUUGUCCCGCAGAUCGUGCAUGUAUCGGAUCGAAGUGUCAAAAUCCUUGUCCAGGUUUCUGCGGGUAUAAUGCAAUCUGUCAAGUAGUGAAUCACAUGCCGCUGUGCACAUGUCAACCCGGAUACAGCGGCAAUCCGUUUGUCUCUUGUAACAGAAUUGUACAAGAUACGACGGUAGAACAUAAUCCGUGCAACUUCUCUCCCUGUGGACUUAACAGUCAGUGUCGUGAAUUAAACGGCCAAGCAAUAUGCUCCUGUUUACCUACGUUUGUCGGAACCCCGCCAAAUUGUCGCGCGGAAUGCAUUGUUAGCUCUGAUUGUCCCGUAAAUCGUGCAUGCAAAAACCGCAAAUGUGUCGAUCCAUGUCCCGGCAUUUGUGGCAUCAAUGCGAGAUGCGAAGUGAUAAAUCACAGCCCGAUUUGUAGUUGUAAUCAAGGUUUUACUGGCGAUCCCUUCGUAACGUGCUUUCAAACGCAAAUAGACAAAGAUACACCUGUGACGCCACAAAAUCCGUGCAUUCCAUCUCCUUGUGGUCCAUUUGCCACUUGUCGCGACAGCGGCUACGCAAACGUGCCGACAUGCACAUGUCUGAAAAAUUAUGUAGGUAGCCCUCCGAACUGUAGACCAGAAUGUACCGUGGAUUCCGAAUGCAACAGCAAUAAAGCAUGCUUGAGACAAAAGUGUCGAGAUCCAUGUCUAGGUUCUUGCGGUAUCGGAGCGCAAUGUCUCGUGGUUAAUCACAUGGCCGUCUGUCUUUGUCCGAAGGGUUACACUGGAGAUGCGUUUGCCAGUUGCUUCCCGGAACCUCCCCCUAUACCACAAGAUCCUUGUAAUCCAUCCCCAUGCGGAGCCAAUGCGUUGUGUCGUGACGGCACGUGUACCUGUUUAUCCGAGUAUCAUGGUGACCCUUACACCGCAUGUCGUCCCGAAUGCGUGCAAAAUCCAGAUUGCUCGUUUGACAAGGCUUGCGUCCGUAACAAGUGCUCCGACCCAUGUACCGGAGUUUGCGGACACAACGCAAAGUGCACUGUAAUAAAUCACACUCCGAUGUGCGCUUGUCCGGAUGGAAUGUCCGGUAAUGCAUUUGCGGCAUGUUAUUCAGUUGUUCAAGAUGUCACCGUCGAGGAUCCGUGUAAUCCGUCGCCCUGUGGUUCAAACAGUCGAUGUCAAAGUUUUAAUAAUCAAGCGGUAUGCACAUGUAUACCUGGAUUUAUAGGAAAUCCACCCGUGUGCAGGCCUGAAUGCAUAGUCAACACUGAUUGCGCGUUAAACGAAGCUUGUAUCAAUACGAAAUGCGGCAAUCCCUGCCUCGGUGCUUGCGGCAUUUCCGCUCGUUGCCAAGUAUUGAAUCACAAUCCAAUCUGCAGUUGUCCACCUGUAUUUACCGGCGAUCCAUUUAUACGUUGCAUACCGAGACCGGAGGAUGUACCAAAACCGAUAAAUCCGUGCCAACCUUCGCCCUGUGGUCCUAAUGCUCAGUGUCAAGUCGUCAACGACUCACCGUCAUGCUCUUGCAUGCCCGAGUUUGUUGGAACGCCACCAAGUUGUAGACCGGAGUGCAUCAGUAAUAGCGAGUGUCCAAAUCAAAUGGCGUGUAUCAAUCGCAAAUGCAGAGACCCAUGUCUUGGAUCUUGUCACUCCCUAGCCACUUGCAAUGUUAUUAAUCACGUACCUGUCUGCACCUGUCGCGAUGGUUAUACAGGCGAUCCGUUUGUUCAAUGCACCAUUAUGCUCAGCAAACCAUUGGCAUCGAGUCAGCCUUGUCAACCAUCCCCUUGCGGAACAAACGCCGUAUGUAGAGAACAAAAUGGCGUUGGUUCUUGCACGUGCUUACCCGAAUAUGUUGGAAAUCCUUAUGAAGGAUGUCGUCCCGAAUGUACCAUUUCUUCGGAUUGCCCCGCGUAUUUAGCUUGCAUCGGAUCCAAGUGUCAAAAUCCAUGUCCCGGUUCGUGCGGUGUCAAUACCAAUUGUCAAGUUGUCAACAAUAUUCCUGUCUGUACUUGCAUCCCAGGCUACACCGGCAAUCCAUAUAUAAAUUGCAUUUAUCAGGCUCUCGACAUUUUCGAUGAAAAGCGUGAACCGUGCAAACCUUCCCCUUGCGGCCCCAACAGUAAAUGCAUCAAUAAUAAUGAUCAAGCUAUCUGCUCAUGUUUACCCGAGUUUGUUGGAACUCCGCCGAAUUGCAGACCCGAGUGCUUAGUAAAUUCAGAGUGUGGAUCGAAUCGAGCAUGUGUAAACCAAAAAUGCGUAGAUCCAUGUAUCGGUACCUGUGGCCGCGACGCUCAGUGCAAAGUUAUACAUCACAGCCCAAUUUGUGUGUGCACGAACGGCUUUACGGGCGAUCCGUUCAUCUACUGCUUUGCAAUGCCAAUUCCAAAACCAGAAGAUCAAUACCCGAAGGAUCCAUGCUUGCCGUCACCUUGCGGACCCAACUCCCUCUGCAGAGCUAUUGGUGAUGCCCCGGCGUGCAGUUGUAUGCAAAAUUACCUCGGUGUUCCACCUAAUUGCCGACCCGAGUGCUCGAUAAAUUCGGAUUGUCCCGCCGAUAAAGCUUGCAUCAGAGAAAAAUGUAGAGAUCCUUGUCCAGGCUCGUGCGGUCUCUUGGCACGUUGCUCGGUGAUCAAUCAUACACCGUCCUGCGUGUGUCCUGAAGGAUACACCGGCGAUCCCUUCGUCAGUUGCAAUACUUUGCCUCAGAUACCCCUAUCAGCCCCAGACCGAUGUAACCCAUCACCGUGCGGUCAGAAUGCUCGAUGCAACGAUGGAAUCUGCACAUGUAUACCCGAAUAUUUCGGAGAUCCUUAUGUCGGCUGUCGUCCGGAAUGUGUCAUUAAUACCGAUUGUCCCCGCGACAAGGCAUGCAUGCUCCACAAAUGUGGCGAUCCCUGCGUUGGAACGUGCGGUUUUAGCGCGGAAUGCAAUGUCAUUAAUCAUUUACCCAUGUGCAGUUGUCCGAUGAACAUGACCGGCAAUGCAUUUAUUUCAUGUACCGCUCUUCAAGAUUCGAUCAUCGUGGAACAUCAACCCUGCAAUCCAUCCCCAUGCGGUCCGAAUAGUCACUGUCGUGUGUCGAAUGGUCAGGCGAUUUGCACGUGCAUCACCGGAUUUAAAGGUGUCCCUCCAUCCUGUAGACCGGAAUGUCUUAUAAGCGCCGACUGUGCUCGCAAUAAAGCCUGCAGUAAUCAAAAGUGCAUUGAUCCAUGUCUCGGUGCAUGCGGAUUAACCGCGCAAUGCACAGUCGUGAAUCACAAUCCUAUAUGCAGCUGCCCGUCGUCGUAUACAGGAGAUCCCUUCGUUCAAUGCAUACCGCGACUGGAAGAACCAAAACCACCGGUAAAUCCCUGUCAACCCUCACCUUGCGGCCCGAACGCGCUAUGUCGAGUUGUCAACGACGCCCCAUCAUGCUCGUGUCUGCCCCAGUUUGUCGGAAGUCCACCUAGAUGUAGACCAGAGUGUAUUAGUAACAGCGAAUGCCCCAGUCAACAGGCUUGUAUUAAUCAAAAGUGUCGGGAUCCUUGUCCAGGAUCUUGCGGCAGGAAUGCGGAAUGUAGAACCGUCAGUCACACCCCGAUGUGCAUUUGCGCCAAUGAUUUUACCGGCGAUCCAUUCAUCCAGUGUAAUCCCCGUCCGAUCGACGCCCCGCUCGUUCCGUUAAAUCCUUGUCAACCGUCGCCAUGUGGUGCGAAUGCAAUGUGUCGCGAGGUUUCCGGCUCGGCGUCUUGCAUUUGUUCACCCGAUUUCUACGGAAAUCCGUACGAGGGUUGUAGACCCGAGUGCGUAAUCAACUCCGAUUGUACGUCCAAUCGAGCUUGCGUAAGAAACAAAUGUCAGGAUCCGUGUCCGGGAACUUGCGGUGUCAAUGCAAUUUGCGAAGUUAUCAAUCACAUACCCACGUGCAGUUGUCAGUCGAGAUUCACUGGAGAUCCAUUCAGAUACUGCGGACUUAUACACGAUAUUUCUCCAGCAUUGACAGAUGAUCCCUGCAGGCCGUCUCCAUGCGGUCUAAACAACCGAUGCCUUAAUGUAAAUGGAAAAGCUAGUUGUUCGUGUCUGCCCACUUAUCAAGGAAUUUAUCCCGACUGCAGACCUCCUGAGUGUAUUGUUAGCACGGAAUGUCCCAUAAAUCGUGCGUGCAUCAAUAAAAAAUGCGUCGACCCGUGUCCAGGUGUGUGCGGCAUCAAUGCCAAAUGUGACGUCUUGUCUCACAGUCCCUUCUGCAGCUGCGGAUCCGAUCAAAUCGGAGAUCCCUUCGUCAAAUGUUUCGACAUGCCUCUGACGUCUACGCCAUCGAUACAAGUGAAUCCUUGCAUCCCGUCGCCCUGCGGUCCGUUUUCUACGUGCCAAGACAGGGGAGGCUAUCCGUCUUGCACGUGCAUGCAUGGAUACAUCGGAUCGCCACCCUAUUGCCGCGCCGAAUGUUCGAUUAACUCCGAUUGUACCAGCAAUAAAGCUUGUAUCAGGGAGAAAUGUAGAGACCCCUGCCCCGGAUCCUGUGGCGUCAAUGCCUUGUGUACCGUGAUCAAUCAUACCCCAGCUUGCACAUGUCCUGACGAGUAUACUGGCGAUCCCUUCAGCAAUUGUUACCCGGCACCCAAGCAUAUCCCUCCAGUAGCAACAGACCCGUGUAACCCGUCACCAUGUGGACUCAAUGCCGAAUGUCGCAAUGGUAUCUGCAAUUGUAUAUCCGAGUAUCGUGGCGACCCGUAUCUAGAGUGUCGGCCAGAGUGCGUGCAAAAUUCCGACUGUUCUUAUGACAAAGCUUGCGCGAACAACAAGUGCGUAAAUCCCUGCGUCGGAAUUUGCGGCCAGAAUGCGGAAUGCGCGGUCGUCAAUCACAUAGCCACGUGUAGUUGCAUCCAGGAUUACGAAGGUGAUCCGUUCACGCUCUGUAAACGUGUGCAAACCCGUGUCAAACCCUGUGAACCCUCCCCCUGCGGACCCAACAGCAUCUGCCGCGAAUACGGCGAUCAAGUUUCCUGCUCUUGUCUACCCGGUUACCUGGGCAUCCCGCCAAGCUGCAGACCCGAGUGUCUCGUUAACACCGAUUGCGAGCAGAGCAAAACUUGCGUGAAUACAAGAUGUCGUGAUCCCUGCGAAAACACUUGCGGACAGAACGCACGGUGCAUAACGCGAAAUCAUAAUCCUAUUUGCAGCUGUCCUCUUCGACAUUCCGGCGAUCCGUUCGUUCAUUGUUUCCCCAUAACAACGUACCAGGAUGUAGAACCCAGCAGGGACCCAUGUUACCCCUCACCAUGUGGCUUGAACUCUCAAUGCGCGGUAUCCGCCGAUAAUAAACCCUCCUGUUCAUGUAUAGAAACCUACGUAGGAUCUCCGCCCAAUUGCAGACCCGAAUGCCGUGUAAACAGCGAAUGUCCCACCAAUCGAGCAUGCAUUAAGCAGAAAUGCACCGAUCCGUGCACUGGAUUGUGCGGAUUCGAUGCACUGUGCCAAGUUACUUUGCACCAAGCCCGAUGCACCUGUCCCGAAUCAUACACCGGAGACCCAUUCACAAUUUGCUCUAAGAUAAUAUCGACUCCAGCACCGCCGCUAUCUUCGAGACCAUGCAAUCCUUCACCUUGCGGAAUAAACGCAUAUUGCCACGAGAGAUUCGACACGGUCAUUUGCGAGUGCGUACCGAAUUACAGAGGCAAUCCGUACCAAGGAUGUCAGCCCGAAUGCCUCGUCAACACUGACUGCCCGAAAUCGCAAGCGUGCAUAAGAACGAGAUGUCAAGAUCCUUGCCCUGGUACUUGCGGUGUCGGUGCGAUCUGCGCGGUGUCUAAUCACGUUCCGAUUUGUUCUUGCCCUUCACCAACCAUUGGAGAUGCUUUCACGCUUUGUCAAGUUCCUGUGGAAGAUACUAAGGAAACGGAUCCGUGCUAUCCUUCACCGUGCGGUCCGAAUACAGUUUGCGAGACGGUCGGCAAGACGGCAAUUUGUAAAUGUCUACCUGGAUUACAAGGUGUUCCGACCGGUGUAACUGGUUGUCAUCCCGAGUGUGUACUUAGCUCGGAUUGCCCAGGCGACAAAGCUUGCAUACAGAAUAAAUGCAGAGAUCCUUGUUUGCAAAAUGUAUGCGGCAGUAAAGCGGUGUGCAAGACGAUCAAUCACAGUCCACUUUGCAGCUGCCCGUCUCCGUUGAUCGGCAAUCCCUUCGAGGAAUGUUAUACAAAGAUCGAAACCAAUCCCUGCAGUCCAUCGCCUUGCAAUUACAACGGCGAAUGUAGAGUGAGAGACGGCAUCGCAAUUUGCAUCUAUCCUGAGUGUAUUAUUAAUUCGGAUUGUCCACGUGACAAGGCUUGCUUCUCGCAAAAAUGCCGGGAUCCCUGCAUCAGCGCAUGCGGUAUCAAUUCUAUCUGUCAGACCGUUAAUCACAAACCAGUGUGUUCCUGCCCAGUUGGAUUCACAGGCAAUGCGCGAGUGCAAUGUACAAUACCAACCCUCGAAGAACCGAUUCCAGAAUGCAUUCAAAAUUCUGAGUGCUCGAAUGACAAGACCUGCUUUAAUCAAAAGUGCAUCGACCCAUGUACUCUCGAUUCUUGCGGUCUUAAUAGUCGCUGCCACGUGAUAAUGCAUAGACCUAUAUGCGUUUGCAAUGAAGGCUAUACCGGAAAGGCUCAGCAAUAUUGUCACCAAAUCGGUUGUCGCAACGAUAAUGAAUGUUCGUUGACUCAAUCAUGCAUCAACAACGAGUGCAUCGACACCUGUCUGGUUACGCAAUGCGGCAUCAACGCAUUGUGCACCGCUGAUGGUUAUCACAGGACUCGAUGCUACUGUCCGGACGGAUACACAGGUAAUCCUUACGAAAUAUGUGAGAGGCCCGAGUGUACCAGCGACAACGAUUGUGCCCCGUCCUUGGCCUGUCACAAUCUGAAAUGCGUCAAUCCUUGCAAUUGCCCACCACCGGCGCUCUGCACCGUCGUCAAUCAUCGGUCAAUCUGUAAAUGUCCACCUGGUUACGUGGGAAAUCCUUACAGCUCGUGUCUCAUAGACUUAUUGGAACCAGAGGCGGAAUGUCAAGUUGACGCUGACUGUCCCAGCAAACUGGCAUGUUUCAGUGGUGUUUGCAAAAAUCCAUGCGCAGAAACAAAACCAUGCAUCGUAAGCGCCAAAUGUAGUGUCGUAGAUACACUACCGAUGAGAACAAUGAUCUGCGAAUGCCUGCCGAAUUUCGCCGGCGAUGCCACCGUUGCUUGUUUACCAGUGGACAGACAAAUUGGUGCGAUAUGCGAGAGCGAUUCGCAAUGUACACCAGAUAUGGCCUGCCUUAAUCGUCAGUGCAUCAAUCCGUGCACCGUCAAUCCUUGCGCUUCAAAUGCCGAGUGUCACAUCGAAAACCACCGUCGCACGUGUCAUUGUCCUCCAGGACAUGUCGGUGAUCCAUUUAUGAAUUGUUACGAAGAAAAUGUAAUUCUUGUGGAAUGCGGAACGAAUACCGAAUGUCCGUCCGACAAAGCGUGCAUAAAUCAACGAUGCCAAGAUCCAUGUUCCAGCAACCGUUGCGGCUUAAACGCGGAGUGUAUCACGAUCAAUCAUCAUCCCUCUUGUCACUGUCAAAGUGGUUUAGCUGGUGAUCCGCAACUUCAAUGCUUUAGACCGGAAUGUAAGACAGAUAACGAUUGUCCUUACGACAAGACCUGUCAAAAUGACAAUUGCGUCACUCCUUGCCUCGUUGGCGAUAUUGUGUGCGGUCGCGGUGCGGAAUGCAGAGCGGUGUCUCACAGAGCCCAAUGCAUUUGUCCACAAGGUACUCAAGGUGAUCCACGUGUGGCAUGCAUUUCCGCAAUCUGUCAUUACAACGAAGACUGUGCCGAUCAUGAGGCCUGCGAUAGACUGAACAGAGUUUGCAGACCUGUUUGCGACGAUGAUGCCUGCGCCGAAACUGCGAUCUGCGUCGCACGCGAUCAUCAGCCCAAAUGUACAUGUCCUUCGGGUACCACUGGAAAUCCGUACAUAACAUGCGUCGGUGAACCUACCAUCGAGCCGGAAUGCAUACAGGACAGCGAAUGCGCCUUAAAUCUCGCUUGCAUUAAUACCAGGUGUCAAGACCCAUGCGUGUCCGCUGGUAUGUGUACCAAUGAACAGGAAUGCAAAGUCCUCAACACGAUACCGCUUCGUACGAUGAUCUGCUUGUGUCCACCAAAUACUAUCACCGAUGUUGACGGUCAAUGCAAGGCAAUUGUAUUGGGCGAUGUACAAUGUCAUCUCGACCAAGACUGCGCAAAUCAUGAAAAGUGCCUGGACGGAAGAUGCGUAGACGCUUGUCUGACAACUCAGUGCGGCCUCAACGCGCAAUGUAAAUCCACAUCUCAUACCGGUAUCUGCUUCUGUUCUCAGGACUUUACGGGCAACGCUUAUAUAGAGUGCAUAAGAGUUCCUGUCGUUCCAUCGCUUCCGGGUCUUCGACCUGAGUGCUACACGAAUAGUGAAUGCGCGCGUGAUAAGCAAUGCAUAAAUUCGCUUUGCGUAAAUCCGUGCAUCGCUAGUGAGCCUUGUGGCAGGAACUCCUUGUGCCAUGUUGACAAUCACAAUCCAAUCUGCAAGUGUCCGAUUGGCUACGUCGGCGAGCCCACGAUCAAAUGCGUACCACCGGAGAUUGUGCUUGAGUGCGUAUCAAACAGCGAGUGCGCAGGAAAUUAUGCGUGUGUCAAUGGCGCGUGCAUUAAUCCUUGCAACUGUGGACCCAACGCCAAAUGUAACGUCGUGAAUCAUUAUCCUUCGUGCGUAUGUCCUCCGGGCUACUCUGGAAAUCCUCAGUUAGGAUGCUUCAAGCUCGACUGCGAAUCUGACAGUGAGUGCGAUUACGCAGCCACCUGUUACAACGGCCAAUGCGUGAACCCUUGCAUCUUAGACAACAAAUGCGCCAUCAAUGCAGAAUGCUACGGUAAAAAUCAUCGAUCAGCCUGUCGUUGUGGUCCCGGCUACUAUGGUAAUCCUCAGAUUCAUUGCGAGAGGGUCGAGUGCAACACGAAUCAUGACUGUCCCCACAAUCUGGCUUGUAACGACGGUCGCUGCAUAAAUCCUUGCGCCGAAAGUUCACCCUGCGCGCAAAACGCCCUUUGUUACGUCCAGGAUCAUGUGGCGUACUGUCGCUGCCCGGAAAACAUUCCGCUGGGAAAUCCAUUCUCCUAUUGCGAACGACGUUCUGUGGACGAGAUCGAAGAGCCGGAGUGUAGAAUCGACAUCGAUUGUUUGGAUAAAUCGGUAUGCAUUAGAGAAAAAUGCAUCGAUCCUUGCCCGGUCAUCAAACCAUGCUUGGAGAAUGCUCGUUGCGACGUUCUUGAUACUGUGCCCGUAAAGACCAUGAUUUGCACGUGUCCCGAGGGAUGGAUCACCGACGUCGAUGGUGUAUGCAGACCAAUACAAGUGUCGGUUAUCGGGACGUGCACGACGAACGACGAUUGCAGUGAUCAUGACACUUGCAUCAACAGGCAGUGUCGCGACCCUUGCAACUGCGGCACCAAUGCCGUCUGCCACGUUAGAAAUCACACACCGAUCUGUUCGUGCGAGCCAGGCUAUCAGGGUAAUCCCGAGAUCGCAUGUCACUCGGUCGAGUGUCGCCACGACAGCCAAUGCACUCUCGACAAAGCCUGCGUGAAUAACAACUGCGUGAAUCCGUGUCUGGUGGCGGAUCAUCCGUGCACGGGCACCAACGUCGAAUGCUUCCCGAACAACCACGUAGCCGAUUGUCGCUGUCGCAAGGGCUACCACGGUAAUCCGUUGGAUCGCUGCCGCGUCAUCGGCUGCUACAGCAAUGGUGACUGUCCGGGCGAUCACUCCUGCAUCAAUAUGCAGUGUAUCGAUCCUUGCGUGCACGAUAAUCCGUGCUCGGCUCGCGCGGAAUGCAGAGUUCUGAAUCAUUUGCCGAUCUGCCGUUGCCCACCCCGCUUCACCGGAAACCCAUACGUAAAUUGCCAACCGGAAGUCAGGCCCGAAUGUAGAGAAGACAGCGACUGUCCGGACAGGCUCGCCUGUCUCAGCAACAAGUGUCAGGAUCCGUGUCCGGUCAUACAGCCGUGCAUAGACCCGUCUGAGUGUCGGGUCCUACCGACAUAUCCGGUACGUACCAUGGUCUGCACCUGUCCCAGCGGAUAUGUCAGCAGUGGCAGCGGAACCUGCGAGGCUACCAAACCGAUCCUCAAGAUUGAAUGCUCCGAAGACGACGACUGUCCAUCGGAGCGAUCCUGCGUCAACGCAGUGUGUCGGGAUCCUUGCGCCUGCGGACCCAACGCCGUUUGCAAUGUCAUCAAUCACAAACCGAUAUGUUCGUGCACACUGGGAUACGACGGAAAUCCGGAUAUCGCUUGCACCAGAGUUGCAGGAUGUAGAACUGACGGCGAUUGCAGUGGUUCGCACACGUGCGUCCAACGCAACUGCAUGCCAGCGUGUUCGCCGUCCUUGGCCUCCUGCGGUAAGAACGCUGUAUGUCAUGGUAUAAAUCACAAGGCGAUCUGCGAAUGUCCGCCUGGUUUUGGUGGCAAUCCGAGGGUCUCUUGCGUACUGCUUGGAUGUAAGAGCAAUUCGGACUGUCCGACGAACAGGGCGUGCAUCAACAAUCGCUGCGAGAAUCCUUGCGUGCAGAAUCCUUGCACCGGCAACAUGGACUGUAACGUUUACAAUCACGUUGUGGAGUGCGCGUGUCCGCCCGGCUACGUUGGCGACGUUAAGUCAGGAUGUACUAAAGUCAAAGAAAAAUGCAAGGCGGAUAAUGAGUGUCCGUCUCAGACCGCGUGCUUCAACGGACAAUGCAUCAAUCCAUGCACUAAGAUCAAACCUUGCGGCAUUAACGCCGAAUGUAAAGUCCUGGACACCAGCCCGAUCAGGACCAUGAUAUGCGAAUGUCUUCCAGGAUACCGCGGAAAUGCAAUCGUCCGCUGUGAUCCGUUGGUGAAACUAUGUCCGAGAGGUCAGGUUCAUGAUGAAUAUGGUAAUUGCGCCUGCCCGCACGGAUACGGUAAAAAUGAGAACGACGAGUGCAUUCCUUGUCGCAAACAGUCCAAUAUGGUGAUAAACGAAGAAGGCUACUGCGUGUGCGACCUGGAAAAGGGUUUCAUCAUAGACGAAUAUGGUCGCUGCGUAUGUCCGACACAGUACGGAUACAGAAUAGACAGCAGUGGAUAUUGUAAACAGAUUGGAAUAAUAGAGUGCACUCGUAAUGACGACUGUGCUGAUGACAAAUACUGCGAUAAAACCACCCGGACUUGCCAAGAUCCCUGCAAGAGGCAACAAUGUGGUGUACAUGCACUUUGCAACGCUACUAGACAUCAAGCUAUCUGCAUCUGCGUCAAUGGCUAUUUAGGCAACCCGUACACACAAUGCUAUGAUAGAAAAGACGGUCGAACAGAUUUUCCUAGACCGGAAAUGGAUGUGAGCUGCCUGUCGGACGGAGUACAAGUCGUGAUACAUCUGCAAGAUCAAGAUUUUGACGGAGUGUUGUAUGUCAAAGGACGCAGCAAGGACGAACAGUGCAGACGAGUUGUCUCGAUACCAGCCGAAACUGAACAUAAGACGGAAACGUUCAAAGUUGCGUUUGGCAAUUGCGGACUUAUACACGUGAAUGGACAAGCUAGCUUUGUACUCGUCAUACAGAAACAUCCCAAGUUGAUGACUUACAAAGCACAGGCCUAUCAUAUCAAAUGUAUAUAUCAGACUGGAGAACAAAACGUUACCCUCGGCUUUAACGUAUCCAUGCUGACGACUGCUGGAACGAUCGCUAAUACUGGUCCACCACCUAUAUGUAUAAUGAAAAUAGUUGCGCAGAAUGGAAAUGAAAUUAAUUCGGCGGAGAUUGGAGACAAUUUAAUGUUGCAAGUAGAAGUUCAACCUUCAACUAUUUAUGGUGGAUUUGCGCGAAAUUGCGUCGCUAAAACUAUGGAGGAUAAUUUGGAGAACGAAUACAUCGUAACGGAUGAGAAUGGUUGCGCGACAGAUCCUACGAUAUUUGGCGAAUGGGAGCAAAAUCCUGAUACUCAAUCAUUAAUGGCUAGUUUUAACGCAUUCAAGUUCCCCAGUAGCGACAAUAUCAGAUUCCAAUGUAAUAUACGCGUGUGCUUUGGACGCUGUCAGCCUGUAAACUGCCGCGGCUAUAACGCCUUCGGUCGUCGUCGUCGAGACGUUGAUUCCGAAAUCAAUGACACGUCUCUAAGUAUAUCCGAUGGAUACGAAGGUCAACUUCGUGAAGAGAUAACAAUUCAAUCAAAUUUGAUAUUUACUCUGGAAAGGAGAGAGGAGAGGUAUACAGCAGAUCCAGCUGAAGCUCCUUCAGCACAAAGAGUAGAAGAUAUCUGUGUUUCUAUGGUCGGCUUUAUCAUAGCAUUGAUAAUUACGGCGCUCUUGGCACUAGUUGCCGUAGCUAUCGCUGUGUCAUGCUGGCUUAUGGCGUAUCGACGUCAGCCAAAGACUGCUGGACCACUGCCACACCCACCAGAGUUCCCAAAUCCCUUGUUCACUACUGAAUCUGUAGCUGAACCAUCUCCUGACUAUCACUUAUCAUAAGAAAAGUCUCUUAGAAUAAUAAUUAAUAUUUUAUAUAAAUAAUAUAAAUGUUCUAUAAUUCUAUCUUUAAGGGAAUGCAUCUCAGACCAUUCGUCCUAUUGGUCGGUUUUGUAUUUCUUUGUAUACAACUCCUCCAAUGACUAUCAUUUCAUUUCUUCGUAUUCUCUUUUUAAGGGUUCAAACGAUAGAUCACUGUUAUAUAGAAUCAUUUUAUAUGCAUAUUAUUUAUGGUGAUGGUUUGCUUCCAUUAUCUAUUUGCAAUUGAAAAAAUACGGGACUAUUCCCUCUUCCUCCCCCUUCAUAUCUCUCCUGUAUUAUUCUCUCUAGUCAGUGGAGGAUUUGUUAAAUGUAAUGCUGCGAAUUUAAUUCCUGUGUAAAGUCAACGAAUUAGUUUAAUAUAGCUUUCUUAUCGCGAAAAUAGGUAAUUGUACAUUUUAUCUAAUAAAAGCUAACGGAAUAUUUUUAAAAAUUUA